AAGUAUCAGGUUGAAGUUAAAUGUGCUCAGAAAAUGCUCAGAUAAAGUGGACUAAGUGCAAAGUCAUCAAAAAUGAGAAAACGUCUUGACUACAGUUUUUAAAUCUUUUUUUUAACUUACUUAUCCUAUCCAUAUUGAGCAAAUUGCCAUUUUUCAGUUUAUACCUUUAAUAUAAACUCUUCUCUCUCUAAGUAUACAAGUGAUUGUAAAGCAGCAGACUUGCUCAAUGUUGUUUCCCUUAAAAAACUUUGUCUACUGUUACUUUAGACACAGUUAAGUUUGUGUUUUUAAUUAACACAUGCUCAUGCAGUGUUAAUGUGUGUUUUCCUGCCCUUUUUUGACUUAAAGUGAAAUUGACUGAUACGUUAAAAUGCCACCAAAACCCCCUCCUCAAAUUUCCAGUAUCGCAAGUUGAGACUGUGAGCUAUUUACUUUUCGGUUUUGGAUUUACGAGGCUGCAAUAAAACGACAAAACCGGAAACCCCAAAGACUUCAACGUUGAGGACAAACCUCACUCAACCCUCGUUGUUUCCGACGACAUUUGAUUCCGAACGGUCGGAGGUACUUUUUGUCCCUCGGCCCGCCAUGUAGAAACAGGAAGUUGAGAAAAGCUCCAGCAAAACAAAAACAACGUUGAGGCGAAAUUAUCCGAAAAAAUAGUUUGAAAUGGACAAUCACGAGUCUAAAUCAAUAAGUAACGAUUCACGCUGCAUAUUUUUUAAUACAGAUUCAGAAGACUAUCGAUGCGUAAGUAAAUAUACACGAUUUCACCCUUGACUUUUGAUCCUAAAACUAGCUUCCAGCUAACCUCCCAGCGUCUUCAGCGUUUGUAAUAAUGUGCUCGAGAUGGUUUUGAUCACUUUAUUGAUUAUUUAAGGAAGAUAUGGAUGUAAUAUAUGUAUCUAGUACCUACUGUGUCGGUAAAAUUAUGCUGUUAAUCGUGCCAGCAUCAUAAAUUGGCCUGUGGAGUUUAGUGCAACUUAAGAAAUUAGUCUUAAGACCUGUUUUAUUAGUCAAUAAAGGAGUUAAUGCAGUGUUUUUGUGAAAGCUGAAGCAACAAAUUAACCUUAAACUGAGAAAGAUCAAUCAUACCAGGAGCCUCAUGAAAGAUAAACUUAUCAGGACAAUGUAUUUAUGUCUUGGUGUCAUGGGGUUUCUUGCUGAUAACAAACAUAAAAAGGUGAAACUUGAGUUUUCUUACAUCCACUGGUAAUAGAUACUCAGUGAGCCAUGAUAGGAUGGUUUCUGUUAAUGGUUUUAUGGUAACAACAGUGUUUGUCAUGUAAAUUUAAGACACAACAGUACACAAGUCUUUUUGUAUGCCUGAAACAAACUCUUUAAGAUGGCAGACAUCUGCAUUCAGCCACCAUUUUGAUCCAGGGACAGACUUAUGAAAUAUUGAAGGAGACAUCAUCUUUAUUGGCAGAUCAAAAAUGAAAAAGAAAAAACAAACAGCAGAGAAAAAUCAGAUAAAAAUCAAGGUAGAAACAAACAACAGACAAAGAAAAUACCUCCAGUAUAGUAAGUUCAGUGUGAAGUGUGAUUUAAAGAGAACAGACCAGAAACUUAGAAAUGGGAUUUAAUAUUCCAGAAUAGGGAUGGGAUGGGAAUGGAGAACCGAUUCUUGUUCCAAAUGGUUCAAUCCAUCAACAUCAUUUACAUUUUAUCUUAACGAUUCCUUUAACGAUUCCUUUCUUCCAGGUGCGUUGAAAAACGGUCUCGAGAGUGCCAGUCUACAUGAACGGGAACAGAGACAGUGAAAAAAAACUGAGUUAGACAGAGUUAGACGUUUAACCGAGUUAGAAGCGCAUAAAAAACACUUGACCCGUCCAAAAAAACCCUCAAAGUUUUGCACACAAGUCCGCCUUGCGUAGUAGUGUCCUCUUGUUGGGGAUUCAGAAUAUGGUCACCCUAGUGUAUGUCCUGGGUUAACAUAAACACAAUGUAGGCCAGAAAAGCUGCACAAACAGCAUUUGUUUGAUUAUUUUUAGACUGAAGGUGACAUACAUCUUUUUCUGUUAUCAGAGACUCAAUAAAAUUUUGAGUUAACGGUAAAAAAACCAAUAGUCUGCUUUUUUUUUUACAAUUCAAAGAGAGGCAUUGAUAAGGGAAUCGUUAAAGAAUUGAAUCGAUAAGCAGAAUUGAUAAUGGCAUCGAUAUCGAUAAAAUCUUAUCAAUUCCCAUCCCUAUUCCAGAAUGAGAUGUAUGUAUCCACACAGAGCCAGUGGGUUCCCUCCCACAGAAGCCACCAACUUGCACUGCCAUGUUUCUACUGUACCCCAGGAUGGACAAACUAGCAACUCAGGUUUCAAAUUGUACAUAAUACACAAACAAAAAUGGAAAAAGUAUAGGAGGUUGUUUUAAGCAAAAACAAAAAAGUUGCAUUGAUGAAAAUUUUUUAAUGAUAAAAACUGAAAUGAAGAGAUGACUCACAUUCUCAUCUACUUCUUGUUGCACCAUUCCUUUCCCCUUCCAGCUCAAUUUUCAACUCACCAAAGUGUUUUUUUUCCCACACCCAGACCUCUGCAACGAUCAAAGAAUGCUGCUGCCAAUUAAGUGUUUAACCUCCCUUACUUUUCCCACAACCUCACCUGUCAGUUCAGCCCACUGGCGCCCAGCCAAAGAUCUGUCAAUGCAGUCGAGGUUUAAGUUUUCUAAACCGUUUUGGUCAAAAUCUUCGCCCAAAUAAAUUUACCAAAGUAGUUUGUAAUGUGUGUAGUAUUCACUUGUGUCAAAGGUAUCAACCCUUUUCAACUGGAGACCACACAGCUCUAGCCAGGCAGUCAAAACUGUCCGGAUGUUAAAUGAGAAGGUUUCAAGAACUAAAACUAUACAGUAUGAGUUUAAAAACCAUGGCAUAAAAUCGAAUCAGGUCAGACUAUGUCUUCGGUAAUGAGCCCACACCUGCAUGAUUGUGUAAGCGGUGAUGAUAAACCUGUUUAAAAGUUAUUUUAUCUUUUGAAUAACCUAGUUAGGAAAUCAGUUGGAUCAGUUGUUGCCUGUCGAUCAGCCUAGCAUGACAUGCGGGCGUGUGGUUGAGUCUCUAGAACAUUUAAAUGACAGUAGGUGUAGCUUUGCAUGCUAGCAGGCUUCGGCCUUUUUUGGCCUAACGAAAUCAGAGCAAGAAUGCUGUAGUUAUGCUGUCUUGCUUUAAGCCCUGUUCCCCACUUUACUGACAACCGAUCGCUCAUAUUGGAAAUGAUCGAUCAAUGUCCUGUGUGUUGCCCGACUAGCCUAGAUUCGGAUGGCCUACAUUUACCUAGACAGGGAUUCUGAGUUUUCUAUCAAAGUUUCAAAUGAAAAUAAAGUAGAACACAUUUACUAAUUCCCUUAACUCUCCAAUCUUAUUAACUUUUUUUUUUUUGUCUGACAUUUUGAAAUCAGGGGGAAUAUUCACACUCCUGUGUGCAGCUUUAAAAUUCCAAAGCUGUCUUUGCUCCAACAGGGAAACAUAACUUUUGCAUGAAACUGGACUGUCCUGGAUUAAUACUUCAUAGCCUUAAUGAAUAGUUAUGUUGUGAAUGAAGCCUACUCUUACAAUUUUGGAUUUUUAUCUUGGGAGUUCUUACAAGUAGAGAACAAGCCUUGAUAAAUUAUAUAAUUUUGGAUGAAAAAAUUAGUCGUUUAGUGCUAAUAUCACAUGGUAAUGGCUCAUUAUUUGACCCUUGUCGAACAGAUAUCUUAUAUUUCUAGUUCUUGCUGUCUUUUUAACAUAAUGAAACAAAAGUACUCUGGUUUUGAUUGUUUGUGCAGUUUUUCUGAUUUUAUGCACCACGUAGUUGAGAGAUAAUUGACAGAUUUACUGACCAGGAGUAAUUGUUGGUCGCAGCUCUAAUCACUUUACUUAGUCAGAUUGAACAGUUGGAUCUUUGUAAAUUUUUAAGUGCAAGCUUCAGUUGAAUUUUACUGCUCAUCUUUCUUGUAGAUGUGAAAUUGAAAGCAAACUCAUGAUGAAUGCAGUCAUCCAUUCUCAGCACCAUACCAAGUUUGUGUGUCAGCAACAAUACAUUCAGAGUAUAGUCUAAUUUAGUUUUUUUUUUUUUAGAUAAAAGUUAGAUCACUCAUUAAUUAUUUAUGGAACAAUUUGUAACAAAGAGCAAGGUCUGAGCCUGUCUAACUCUCCUGCAGCUCCAUGUCGGGGUCCAUCAUUCAAAUUUAAUUAAAAAAGUAAUAACCUGAUGAGCAGGAAUGUCGGACUUUAUCUCUUUUACUAAAUCAAAUCUUUCCUGCCCGUUCAAUUUAAGAAUAUCACAAAAUUUUACUUAACUGCUCAAAACGAACUACUUCAUAAGGCUUUAUGUGUGAUUUAUAUUUGACAUGAUACGAUCACUUUUCUGGCUUUUUCUGGAAAUCUCUGUCCCUGAUACCUGUGUAGAGUAGCGGUGUUUUUCCAGUGGUGAUAAUGACACUGAUUGGAUGUAGUACUUUGUUGUGACCACUCCAGGAUGACAGGUGUAUGAUGACACCUUGUGCUGAAUGCCACAGUAAUGAUGUUACACUGCUAACACACUGUGGACGUGCCCUUCUGUAAUGUCAAUGUGAGGUUGCUCCUGGCCUCUCCUGAAGCUCACAGAGCUGACUCGCACGUCUCUCAUUCUCUUCAUUCUUUCCCCCCUUCUUCUCAUACCAGUUACUUUCCUAGUAGCUGUCACUGCAGUUUCUGCUCAGGUGUUGCUUUGCACUAAGUAUGCGGUGCGUCAGGUUUUAAUACACCUGCUCCUCUUUAUCGCACAUCUCUCAGCUGUCUGUGGUCUAAAAUGAGGUAAAAAGGGUGAAGUGCACCCGACUGUGUGACGUCCUUAGACGCUGAAUGUGUUGCAAGUGUCCGUGCAUUUCAAUUUUUUUAUGCGAAUGUUUUUUUAAUAAUUUUUUCUGUUGAACACAUGUUUGUACACGUGUACACAAACACAGUAAAGUACAUGCUUGAACAAAUAACAGUCUUGUCUACCCUGUUAUUUCACCGUUUGUGAUUGAGGUGAUGACAGAGCAGUGUUUGUGCUGCACUCCUUAGGUUUGCACAGUGCUUCAACUAAAACGAAAACAUAACAUCAAUUAGCUAAUGUAUAUCUAAGCUAUUCUAUUCCAGUUUUUUUCUCACGUAGCUGAAUGCUAAUACAUGUUUUCCUUGUUUACAGGUGCUGAUUUUAACGGUAAAACGAGCCACAGGAACCUUCUCUUUAGUAGGAUGGUAAAUAUCUCCUCAAAUUUGUAUUAUUUCUUAUAAAGUUAGAGUUUGAACCUUUGACAUGAAUCAUGCCGUAUUGUUUAACUUGUCAUAAGUGUACAUGGCAAAGUGCUAUUUGAUAAGAUUGUUGAGUUAAACAGCAGUUGAAGGUCGAGUAGAAGUUUUAAAAUAUUCUCUAAGAUUUAAAAGUAGUUAAAGUCAAAAUGAAUUCAAAAUGAAAUGAAUAUAUAAAUACCGUAAGAUCUUUUUCAAAUAAAUAAUGAUGUUAAUAUAGAGAAAACUAGACCUAUCGCUCAGAUGUAGAUCAAAUAAAUUGAUAGACUCUUAGAUUCAUUGAUUGAUUGAUAGAAUAAUGAAACUGAACCACAAACUGAACUGGAAGGAACCAGUCUACCUUGUCGAGCAACAGCCCAGGAGGUUAAGAUCACUCCUCAGUAGCAAAUCAAGCUGACAGUGAUAACACACAUGAAUAUGACGUACACUGAGUCUGCUAUCAGGUGUCAGAAAAACUUAAAGAGGACAUAAACACAGCUGUGUUAUAGGAUAUGUGUGACGUUCAUCUACUGUGAUGCACGUGCACAUGUUUUUCUUAACAUUCAUUACUUCUCCUAUAUUAGUUUUUUUUCUAUCGUGUCAGUGUCUGUCGAAGUGAUGCGCAUCUUUUUAUCCCUCGCUUCUUACUGGUACUUUUACAACAACAGAUUUUUCGAAAGUAUAUCUUCUUCUCAUAAAAGUAAAAUAAUUGUUGCAUUAAAGCCUCCCUUAUCGUGCUGGUAUUACAUUUGAGCUGCUUUUUAGUAAGUCAGUCUAUGUGUUUUGUUGUUGUUGUUAAAAACUCUGUCCUAAAAUAGCUGAAAAAGUUUUUUUUAGGUAUAAUAGUUGACAUGUCUGUUGAAUGCACUAAACGUUUUGUGUUGAGUUUAACUGAAAGUCAACCUUUCCAUUUUUGUUACAAAAACAUCCGCAGGGACAUUUCUGUCUUUCCUAUAAAUAGUCUGUUUCCCUUAAAAAAACAACAACUCCCAUAUUAUCAUUUAAAAGUUUAUAAAAAUGGAUCUUUGUGCAGGUUUGUUGUGUUAUGAUAUGACCAUAAGACUAUAUCCAAGGAUCUCAGUUUACAUACUCGCAUGUCUGUGACCAAAAGGUCAGGUACAUACAGGUGUAAUGUGGUCUAGUCUUGGUCUUUAGUUCAAGUCUGGCAGCUGAAUUCUUGACAACCUGGAGCUGAUUUCAAGUUUUUAGGUCGAGUCAGGCAAAAAGGCUGUUGUGAAUUUUAUGAGGAUGAGAAGAGAUAAAGGCAUGUGAAAUGGCCCCUGUGUGUAAGUGUGAUCCAUUGAUGUAACUGCAGCAUUAACCCUCAAGAGUUAAAGUUUAAUGAUUGAUUAAAUAAACUGAGUCAUCUUGAAGUUUCUUCCAUCCAGGACUGGACUGUUGAGUCUUUGCAGAUGAAGAGGAACCAGCCCAGCAGAGAUUUAGAUGUACAACUUCUUCACUGUGAUUGACUUUGCACAUACAGUACAGAUGUAUACCAUAGUACCAUAGCUUAUAGAAUAUAUAUGCGUUAAGGCAAACAGUAUCAAGUUUCUAUAGGCACAGGUGGUAAACAGCAAAUCACUUUAAAAUGAAAAAAGGCAAAAGUUGCAGAAACAGUUUGUCCUCACCUCAAGAGAGAGUCAAAAAAGGUUCAGCUUUGUACCAAAGUUUUCAUUAUACAGUUUAAAUUAUCAAGGCCUGAUAACUUACUCUCACAUUCAUGUACUAUGUGACAAUUUCAAUGUCAAAUCUGUGAGCAGGUAGAACAAACAGUGUCAGUACCCCCCUUUACUGUAAGCAUGAAGGAAGUAAAUACCUGACACGUGUUUUUUUCUCUCUCUCUUUACAGCCUUUUCAUGCUAUUUAUGAUCUGGCUGCUGCGCCGGUAUCAUUCUUUGGCUCAGGUAAAUUUGCACUACAGUGUACGGCUCGUUUUUGACUCCCUUUGUUUGUUUGCUUUUACAUUUCUCUUUGGUUCAUUGCCACAGGAAAUAUGUUCAAUUAGCCAUGGCAAAUCUUAACGCAAUUGAACCCAAUUAAAAUGUACAGAUUAGUCAAUUGUGGAGUUAAUUGACUCAAGUCGUUUUGUGGUAAUGACUCCCUUCUUGUGCACCCCCUACUCCCACCCCUCCUGAAAUGAAGCGGUUUCCUAAAACUCUAACUCUACACUGAAUAUGUACAUAUGUUUUGUUGGAUCCAGAUAUAUGUAAAAAAAAAAAAAAUUGGAGCACAUCAGCGUUUGAGAGCAGCCUGUGUUGCGUUUUUGAAGCCGGUCCAGCGUGUCUGUCAGGUUUAGCAGCGCUCCAAGUUAUCGCCUUCUAAUCUGAAGUAAAAGACAGCUUAACAUAGAGCUCUGUUGGAUCCUAUUACCUGUGGACCAGGUGCACUUCAACCUCAGCCCGCUCAUAUUCCUCCUCUUCCUCCUCCCUGCAUGCCACCUCCACCUCCUUUAAAGAGGUUACCUUGAGUCAGUAGUCUCUUUAGUGCUCUGCUGUGUUCUUUUUCCGUCUCCACCUCUCUCUACCACUUCCUCCUCUUCCUUCUCUCUUUUCUUCCUUUCCUCCUCUUCCUGUGCGGCUUUGACAUUGUGGUUAUUUGACAAAGAUUAAUAAAGGGCAGUGUUUUUUUGUUACUACCUGAAAUUUAGUUUGCAACCACAUAUAGGCUGAAAGCUGGCGUUCAUCCCAGCUACCUAUUUAAUAUUCUGAGUCCCAAAAGCUAUUGAUUUAUAUCAUAUAAAACAUAAUGGCUCCAGUUUGAACAGGAGGAAUUAAGGAGACCCCCUCCUCUCCUGUGAUAUUUGCACAAAGUUGUCACCAGGGACGUCAUAUGCCAAGCCGUCAGCUGCAUCAAGGAUCAUUUGAUCUAUAAUUUGCCCUUCUCCCCUAGGGAACAGAAACACGGGUAUAAUUUUACAAGAGGACAUUUUUGUUACAGAAUCUCUCUUCCUGUCUUCCUGUCCUUCUCCCCUGCACAGAAAAUGAUUCUCAGCUUGACUGUAGCAGCCUUCUUUGACAGCACAGCAUACGUCAUGGUGAGUUACUGCUGUCUGUGUCAUUAAACACACACACACAGAGGAUUUUUUUCAUGCCAAAGUUGCGAAAAUGUCUCUCUUUUACCCCCUUUUUCUUUUUGUCCUUGCUCAGGGUGAGUCCCAUCCGGAGGGAUCGCUCUGUGACUUCCAGGCCUGGUGGCUAACCUACUUUGGUAAGACAGAUCAGAGUUUAUUAAUUAGCCGUGGGCACCCUUCAACAAAAGGGUUCAGGAAGCCAAAACAAAAGAGCAAAGACUCAACUAGACAUCAUUUAUCACAAUGAAAAUUAAAGCUGCUGUGUCAUUUGUUUAGGGGCGGAGAACGAAGAGUGCCCUGACAGAAAAUACCGGUGUGAGAGUAUCAGGAAAGACUUGUGUGAAACCACGUUAGGUGAUAGUAAAGCAAGAAUGAAAAAUAAACACAUGAAUUACUACGUUAAAGCUGCUGUGAGGAACUAUCAAUUUGUGUUGAUUAUGGCGCCCCCCUGUGGACAUGGUAUCCCCUUAAACUAUUUCAACUGACAUCCACACUGCCAACUGUUUUAAAUACUGAAAGUAAUUUUAUAUGUAUGUGUACAACUAUAUAUAUACAGGAUAUCACAUUUUAACCUCACAAUUGUAAAUAAAAAGGUUUUAUCUGCAUUACCAGCUCUAUGACAGAGACUUUUAUUUUGAUAGUUUUACUGUCUCAUGAAUGUUGCCACAUUUUUUGGUAUUGUAAAAACCUACUUUUAUUUUGAAAUAAAGAAAACUACUUCUGGUGGAUUAUAAGUUAUGUGACUGAAUUAAAACAGCUAAAGAACAGUUAAAAAGCAUCACGUAUUAAAAAGGCAGAAAUUUCCAUGUUUUUUUAAAUAAACAAUACAUUUUGGAAUUUUAGGUUUUAUCGUGAACCAAUUAUCCGGUUUUACCAUUGCUGUUUUGGUCUUGUUUGCUGUUGUAGGUCAAAGAUAAAGCCAUUGAUAUCAUUUUCAGUCUGUUAAUCAGUUAAAACCUCCUCACAGGAGCUUUAAUAUAAUGUUUAAAUUGACAUUUAGUAAUUUUAGCUGUUGUGAUUCUAGUUUUCAAAUGAGGGUGUUUUAGUGCCUCUAAUGAUACUUUGGGAGGGCGCUUUUAAUAUAUUUGAAAUAACAAAACAUCUUGUGAUUGUACCACGGUAACUGCAACAAGGCAUGUAGAUAAAACUCUGAAUGACAACCGUUUAUGGUUAACAGUCUCAUUUUAUACAAUCAUUGUCUGCUGUGAACUGUCAACUAGAGAAUUGUACAAAGCCGGCACACCCCCAUGAAAUACUUUCCAAUUACAAGGUUGUUAAACAAAUUAGACACCAGUGACUUUUCAUUUUGACUUUUUUUCAACCUGAAGUAGAAGGUGAGGUAGUAUUCAUGUGAAAAAAAAACUAUUUUAAAUGGGAAACUUAAAUUUAAAAAAAAAUAACCUCGACAAUAGCUUUUAUUACCUGGGAGAUGACAAUCCUGUGAGUGUUUAACUGUUUACAUUGGUUACUGUUUACACAGGUAUACGUAGGAAGGUGUGUGAAGUAUUCGUAAAGUCAUUGCCGUUGGUCAGACAGACUGCCUGUAUCCACUGAGGAUCCCUCAUUGAUAGAUAGUCCAGCUUUUAUAGAAAUUUAUCAUUGUGUCAUACUGCAAAAAAUAUCUGUGAUUAUUUGGCAUAUGAUGCAUUUCACAGUGACUUUACGAUGAUUCUCUCUUAUUGCGUUGCUAUAAUUUUAAUGCAAGGACUUUUAUGCGUGCGAAAGCCUUUCCUCCGUCCUUUUACUGCUUUAGUUUUGUCAACUCAGCAUGCAUUCUCCUCCAAAGUUUUUCCGAAACAAGGGGGUAGAAUAUUUACCAGCAUUUGGAUCGGCCCCAGCUGUCAGGGGUGGUAACUCACUGGUUAAGCUUUCUCAGCAUUAAGGACUAUUCACACACCCAUACCAGGAAUACCACGCCUAUGACGGUGUUGUAAUACUUGGGAAUCGAGCGCCAUGUGGUGAACUUAUUGGCCUGUUGCAGCCAUUCAAUAAAACCGCCCUUAAAGUUGACGCCUCUGAGUUUGAUCACUCCUCUGUAUGAGGAGAUAGUUUUCCUCCAAUGACAGCCCAGCUUUUAAUUUGGGUUAUUAAAGGACAUGCUCUUUCUCAGUUUCGUGUUAGACUUUGUCAGAUUUCUUAGUUUUAUGUGCAUUUGUGGCUUUUUGCAUGUCUCUUUCAGCCUUGAUUAACAUAAGGGUUCUAGGCUAGGACCUGCUGCUGAUACAACACCACACCGCGCUUGUUUUUUAUUACUCUUGCACACUUACACGCGCACACACACAGAUGGAUACUGGGGUAAUGGGCAGUGAGUUAGUGCAGCCGGGUCUGCGCCUGUCACCUCCGUUAAUCACCAGGAUCCUCACGCUGAGGACAAACGGCCGCACAUAAACACUGGCUGAACGGGCACUCUGUUCUGUUGCGAAGAGUCGAGUCUAGUGGGAGCUCCCCGCCGAACAGCUCAGCUUUUAACUCGGACCAAUAAAAUUUUAUGAAAUGUGUUUGAAAUGGAGGAAGAUGGUAGCGAGGGCAGCAACAGGACAGGUGGUGAGGCUGAGCCGCGGUGUCAUCAAGUCAAAGCUUCAGCUGCUGUCUGGUUAUGUAAGACACGUUUGCGAUCCCAGUGACGGUGAUUUAUUGUGAUGGAGGCAGAGACAGCCAGCCUCCUUCUUUCUUAGGCACUGCAGUCGACUCUUAAAGGUUCUCUGGGUGUAAAAAAAAAAGAAGAGUGUGUGGUUAGGGUGUUUGUGUGCACUAGGAGGGGGUUGUGUGUAACUGAGGAAGCUGAGUAUGCUGCUAAGAAAAUCCAUCAUCGUGACGACUGGCCCUGCCUGUCCUGUCAACAGAAAUACACACAAAAACACACACAUAUGUGCACACAAAUGGCUGGAGAUGAGAGCAGAAAAGGGAAGUGAGCUUUCGAGACAAUCCUCCUUGUCCGGGCUAAAUUCAUUCAAUUUUUCCCCUCUGCUGACUUCGCCUUCUCUCCUUCCCCUCAUUUCUUCUUUUCUUCUCAGUUUCUUCUCCCUCGCUCUAGUCCACUCAUUCUGCCCCCCUCCUUCCCGCGCCCUCCUCUUUUCUUCUCGCUCGCCCUCUGCGUUAUCUCCCUCCGCUUCUCCACAGUUCAUCAUUAUCUCUCUCCGAGCUCCCCCCUCUCAUCCAUCACCCUAAGCCACAGGUUUCCCUCAUAUUACUGCAGAAUAUGCCUUCAUUUAUCAAAAAGUGGAACACACACACACACACACACACAUGGAGUUGUUUUACACAGCGUAAGGCUUGGACACACAAUCGCAGGUGCGUUUUGUGUAGCUGGGGAGCUGUUUUGUAAUUUGACCUUGUUGUUUUUCUGUGCGUGUGUGCCCCCGCAGACUGGAGUGCCUUGGCCUGGGUUUGCCUCAUCACACUGAACCUGUACCUCAACCUGGUUAGAGAAAUAAGCACCAACAGAUAUCAGAUGUGAGUACGAGUGUUUUUCUUCUCAGUCAUACUUAUUACUAAUUGAUGUGUUUACUGAUUAUGUUUAUACCUCUGCAAAGGAAACGGCUGUAUCAGCAUCAGAACCAGGAUAGUUAAUUUAUCCCAGGGGGAAAUCUGGUCAUUUCACUUACUCUUAAAAAUAGAAAUAUUAAUAGAGGGAAAAUAGAAGUAGGGAUGGAAUUAGGAUAAACAAGAAAUUACAAUGUUUAGGACAAAGUAUGGACUAUUAGAAAUAAAGCUAUUUACAAAAGAGCAGAGUGUCUAAGAUAGGGCUGGGCGAUAUGGCCUCAAACCAUUAUCACGAUAUAUUGAGUAGUUCACCUCGAUAACGAUAAAUAGACGAUAACUACUCCACAAGCUGCUCACUCCCUCCCACAUUAACUUCGUCUGCUUCAGCCGCUCCAACUUUUGAACCGUCCUCCAUCUCCUCACCUGUCUUUCCCUCUUUGUUAUGGACUAGAUGGGGUGGAGUCACUUCUCUGACGUAGGACAGCCUCUUAAAGGGACAUGAGACCAUAGCCUACCUACACGCAUCCAAAACCAACUUUUAUUUUUUUGACACAGAAUAUAUAUGUACAUGGCCAAAAUGACGUCAGCUAGUGUCGUAAAUUUCGGUAUCAGUAAAUUUUUGGUUUAUCGCCCAGCAAGUCCAGCUCUACCCCCACAAUGUCACUGGCCUUCUGGAUGAGUUUGUUGAGUCUGCUGGCUCAGUCUGCUGCCCCAGCACACAACAGCAAACAGGAUCACAGUUGCGACCACAGACUUGUAGAACGUCCUCAGCAUGGUCCUGCAGAUGUUAAAUGACCUCAGCCUCAUGAGGAAGUAGAGACGGUUUAGACCCUUCUUGUAGACAGCUUCAGAAUUCUUAGACCAGUCCAGUUCAGUCCAUGUGACUAAGUUAUCCACCACAGUCCUGAAUUCAUUCAGCCUCACCACUCUUCCUGAUGCAUCCAACUACAGCAGAGUCAUCAAAAACCUCUGAAGGUGGCAGGACUGAAGGUGUUGUAGUUGAAGUCUGUGGUGUGUAGAGGGUGAAGAAUAAAGGAGACAGGACUGUUCCCUAGGGGAUCCUGGUGUUUCUGACCACUCUGUGAUCACACAGGUGAGCGUAGGUACAGUUGAGCAGGAAGGUGAUGGCAUCCGCUACUCCCAGGUGGAGCUGGUAGGCGAACUGGAAUAGAUCUGACUGUCGGCCUCAGCUAUUCAAAGGUUAACAUCACUGUGACCUCUCAAAACAAGGUCUUUCCAAAUCUAAGAAACCCAUAUUGACUGCAAGAAGAUGGACAACAUGAUAGCUUACCUGAAGUAAAGCCAAAAUAUUUGGAGCUCCCCCCACUGGCUGGUUGCAGUAUAGGUCAUGAGGUUCGCUAUAUGAUAAAGCAAUUACACAGGACUAUCAUUAAAAUCAUGGUCAAAGAGUGGACUAUUUCUCCUCACUCUGCUCUUUUCUCACUUGUGCGUUCUGCAUGCAUGAUUAAGAUGUAGGAGACAACCACAAACUCAGGGAAAAUAAUGUGGAGAGAGCGAGGAGGUGGAAAAGGAGUCUGGUUUUUGAAAAAAUUUCCAUUGAAACAAUAUUUAAAAACCGACAAAACAUAGGGGCUGUUUAGUGGGUAUCGUCAAAAUUGUAGCCGAUUGUUUCCCUGACCUACAAAUUAACCAAAUAAAUUAUUUUUUUAUUUCUGUACAAAAGCACAUAAUUCCUAUCAAAGUGUCUGAUGCUGUUUAAUAUGUACGUUAAUCCGCCUGUAGAUGAUUUCACUCUGUAUCGUGUGUGUGUGUGUGUGUGUGUGUUUGGUCUGCCAGAGCAUGUGUGUCCCUGCGGAGCAUUGACAGCCCCUCUUUUCUUCCCUCCUUCCCACCUCCUCCUUUUCUUUUCCAGCCAGCCGACGCUCUAAUUGAAAAGGGAGUGAGUGUCAGCCGUUAAGUGUGUGCGAGCGUCGGUGUGUGCGUGCCCGUCUUCACGCUUCGUGGCUCUAUGUUUCUGUCGCUCAAACUCCCAUGAGCGCUCUCCGCGGCGCGAGUGCGAAUUUGCUUGCGCGCGUGUGAGAUAUUGUCUCAUUUUCCAUGCCUCGCGCGGAGCCGUGAGAUAACAACACAUACUCAAAAAGGAAAAAAAAAAAAGGAAAAGUUAUGCGCUCUACGGGUGGAUAAGAAAGCUUUAACAAGUUAGUGGCAGUUUUAUUUCGUAGAUGUGUGCUGGUGUGUACAGCCCCUCCACCCUGAUGUGUGUGUGUGUGUGUGUGUGUGUGUGUGUGUGUGUGUGUGUGUGUGUGUGUGUGUGUGUGUGUGUGUGUGUGUGUGUGUGUGUGAAGGGGAGGGUUGGUUAAAAAGCUGCCCUCCUCCACCUCCCAUUGGGAGUUUCCCUGCAUUGAUUAGCAAUAAGCCAGGCGAUUUAAUGGAGGUAUAACUCAAAAGGAGACGGCUUUAUGGGCGCAAAGAAGGGGGCAGGCUAGGGGGCCAAAACUAGCUGGCUCCAGAGCUUUAUCAGCUGCAUGCCUCUCACAGGUCCAGAGGGACUAGGUAGGAAAGAGGACAUGUCUGUAUUUUCCAGGAUUGGUCACCCAUGGCGCAAAAUAAAAAACAUCUCAACACGUAAUGAGAUAGAGCGAGGCGAGGCGAGAGGAGAGAGCGUCAGGGGGGUUGUCAUGUAUUGACUGCAUAGAAAAGCCGUAUGUGUUUAGGCAGGCGGGUAUGUUGCUUUGCAUGCAUGCACAAUUACCCCUCAGCCCCCUAACCAAACCUUACAUCCUCUCUCCCUCUCUCUCCCUCUCUCUCCCUCUCUCACCCUCUUUCUCUCUCUUGCACAUAAAUUCACACACACUUAGAGUGACGGCACAGUGUGAUGGUUUAUAAAUGAACAAAUCGCCAGAGGAGAUGGAGAACGCAGGCUGGAUGAUCUAAGAGUGAUUGAAGUGGAUGCAAGAGAGGAUGGGGAAGUGUGGCUGCGCGCAUGUCUAUGUCUGUGUGUGUUUGUGUGUGUUUGAAGGACAGAUCCAGGCAAGUGAAGAUUGAGCCUCGGGAGACAUUUCUAUACAAGGCAGCGUGUGUGCAUGACUGCAACACGCAGGUGUGUGAAAUGCCGGGUGCAUAGCGGUCCUGCUGUGCCUCAUUAAGCCCAUGUUGUGCGCAGCUCCGGACCCCGACGUCUCACACUCACAGCGCUGCGAGUGCGCCGUGCGUGAGCUGCGGAGUGUCUGUUGUCUACGAGUGUGAGUGGGUCUGUGAGCUCUCGACAUUGAUUUCCUGACAAGCCCCCCCAUUCUACAGCAGUCGUCAUGCCUUAGAGGGGAGGCACUGAUUUCACCAUUUGUAUCUCUCCUCCCACAACCAUACACUGUCUCCCUCUCUCUCUCUCUCUCUCUCUCUCUCUCUCUCUCUCCUUUGCAUCCCUUCCUCUCUAACUCUCUUGCCUUCUCCUCUCUGCGCCUUCCCUUGUUCUCCCUUUCUCUCCCACUCCCUCUUGUGUUUGAUCUAAUCUCCCUCUUUCUCUCUCUCUCCUUUUCUCUCUCUCUCUCUCACUCUUCAUCUACUCAUUUCCUAUGUCUCUCUCCCACCCACUACUCAUUUCUAUUUAAACCACCAGCCGUCUCUCUUUCUCCACCACCUCCCACACACUCGCGCACUGCUGUCUAUCAGAUGGGGGGCAGAGAAGGAAAUAAGAGCGAGAGUGUGUGUUUGUGUGUGCGCGCUUGGGAGUGUGUGUGUGUGGCACACAACUCAAGAGGGAUUGAGUGUGUGUCAGCCGUGUCGCCACCGCUCGAUUGACCGCACUUGGAACAAGUCAGGGCAGGACUUCCACUCUAUUGACCGGGCGACGUUGUACGCUCUAUAAAGUAUCGACGCCCACACCGACGCCCGAGACACUGGAGCUCACACCUCAUUCGUCUCUCUCUCUCACACACAUACACGCACACACAUUUACACGCACACACACACAACCAUGUUCAGUGAUUGAGACUUUUUGAACUUGUUAGAAAGCUGCCACUGAUCCCAUGCCUUUCAGAGGAGGCCGACAUGAGCUUCGACAUCUUUUGAAGUCGUUUCCUUUGCAAGACAAAAAAACAAAAAGUUCAACAUCAUGUGUUUUUCUCUUUUUAGACAGCUUUAUCCAUCAAUUUUGCAGCCACCAGCCCCCGCUGAGGGAAAAAUCUGCAUCUUAUUUCUGGUUUUGAUUCUCACAUCUUCCCUUUGAAUUAUUUUAUCCUCAAAAUUGAGAGUAUCUCUGGUUUAAAGGCUGCAAAUGACUGAAUCAUUGUGGGCACUUUCCUGCAACUGAAACAUGACCUUAAUGCAGGUGCCAAGGAGGAGAUGUGCUGAAGAGGAGGUGAACUGAUUCAACUUUGAUUUCAGCUCUCUGGUUCUGGUGCUCAUUAUGAACUACGUUUCGUCUUUGUUUAUCAGGUUGUACCAUGUUAUGGCGUGGGGCGUGCCUCUGGCCAUGGCGUCUUUGCCGCUCUUGAAGGGUUACUACGGCCCAGCAGGAGCCUGGUGGUGAGUACAGCCAACAAUCAGCUACAGCAUCAUUUUCAUGUUUUUACAGCCAGCGACAUAUUUUCCGUUAAAGGCCCUUUCUUUCAAGGAAGGCCACAGCUUUGGCAUCAUACCAGCUCCAGAAAGGCUCUUUCCCCCAUAAGAUUUUAUGUGAUAAAAUUGGUCAUUAUCAGCACAUCUUUGAGCAGUAAAAACUGCCCCCUCAGGCCCUCCAGUUCUUGUAGUGAAAAAGAAAGGCAUUAUUUGUUUGGAGGGUAGUUAGGGGGUGAGAGAAAAAGGGGAAGAGGCCAAGGAGAGGAGGCGGUGGAAUGAGAAUUGGGACAGAGCCUUAAUCUCCGGGCUCGGCUCUCUCUUUCCACUCUCGGCUUAUUAAUAGCUGCAGCUGCACAGCUUUUCCCCUCCGCAGUCACAUAAGUUUCUCUCUUCCGCUCACGCUUUCCCUUUCCUUUGUACAACCCUCAUCGCUCUCUCCCUCUCUCUCUCUCUUUCUCUCCCCCCAGCUGGAUCACAGAAGAUCACGUAGCCUGGAGAUUUGGGAUGUAAGUAGACCCUUUCAGCGCCGGCAUCAAAGCUUCCCCCACUGGGGGAGAUGGGGAGGAGGGGGGUCUCUGCGGGGAAAUGUGAAGGGUUGCGUGUCAGGGGAGCCUGAAGGGUUUUUUCCCUCUUGGUGUAUGGCCAAGACGUGAGUGUGUGCGUGUGUGUGUGUCUGAAAGUGUGUUUGCGCACAUGGAUGUGCCUGUGUCUGCCUCUGCCUUGUCAGAUUUAGGGGAGUUGCUACACUGUGUAUUUAAGUGUUUAGGAUGGCUAUGAAGGAUUAUGCCUGUCUGCUGCUUUCUGCAACUGGCCCUAAGUCUGCGAGGGCUCUGCCAAUCCCCGCCACAGACGUUUAAACACAUACACACAGACACACACACACGUACGCACACACAACAACACUUCACUGUGAGCCAAGGUAAUCGUGUUGCUGCUCACGGCAUCAGCAGGGAAUCAAUCUUUCUAAACAAAUAAGCAUGCGUACACACAGACAGACUCCUGCAGACAAACACGCACGCACGCACACGCGCACAUGCAGAACAACACAUAGCUAUCAGCUGUGCUAAACGAGCCCAUGUCUCUUUUAUCAGUGCUCCUCUGCUCCCCGGCUCUUUCUAGUUUUCCGCGCUGUCGUGGCCCCGGGGGGACGAGCCGCUCAGAGGAUCAGGGAAUCUUCAUUAGCUCUAAUUACAUCAAACCAGACGAGAGAUUAGAGGCCAAGGCAGCGGCACCCGUCAAGGAUAGGAAAAAAAAAAAAAGAAAAAACACAUACGCUCAAACACACGCUCUCUCCGCUGACAGCUGGCAGGGAGAGUCACGGGAGAGCAAAGGUUUCCGUAUUAAAGGUGAAAAGUGGAAAAGGUGGGAGGGGAGACAUACGGGGUACAGUUAGGGAGACAGGGAAUUACUCAGCAGGGGAAGGAAAGAGAAGGCGGCGUAGCUCAAGGGAAGGGAGGGAGAGCGAGAGACAGAGAGAGAGAUAUAUAGAUUGCCCUCGUCUCUGCCCACGCCCCGUAGUGUGUCUUCAUCAGAGUUCAGUGAAGCGCGCGGACAGGACAGGAGAGGAGGUUGGAGAAGCCGGGGUGAGGGAGGAGGUGUGAAAGGGGAUGAAAGAGGAAGGUGAAUGAAAAGCAGAGGACAGCGUUUUGUGACCAAGGUGCAGAUUUUCAGGUGGUUGAGUCAGCAAUUGGAAACACUCGAGCUGUGCUGAGUCACCGCUUUAAGAGUUUCCCAUUGGCGUGUAUCGUGGGCCCUGGUGAGACUUAGCAAUGGAAAACAGAAAAUGACGUGUCGAAGUGGAAACAUUUUAUUACGUGGCUAUUUUUAUCCAAAUGAAAACAGGCAAAGUAGAGUCAGUUUGUCCAACUCUUUGGCCCAACUUCUGGUUGAGCCAGUUCACUCAAACAGAUGUAGUGAUCCUGGCUAUCGUGUUCUUGCUAACCUUUCAAAACCACACCAAUCUCAUAGACUAACACACCUGGAUAAUGCAGUCAGGGUUUGAUUUUUGUCUUCCAAUCGAUCAAACUGAAACUGGUAUAAGCGUUCUGCGUAUGCCCCAGUGUUCGCUUAUCUGGCUUUGAGCUGGAAGUUGAAUAUAGUCGCGUUACUUGUAGUAAACAAAACCUUGUCAGUUGAACAAAACUCCUCUAUUGUACAAACAGUAAAGAGCUGAAAAAGUGACGUUUUUGUAGUUUAACAUACAUCAUACAUAGUAGGGCUGGGCGAUAUGGCCUCAAAUCAAUAUCACGAUACAUUGAGCAGUUCACCUCGAUAACGAUAAAUGGACGAUAACUACUCCACAAGCUGCUCACCCCCUCCAAUAUUAACGUCGUCUACUCCAGCUGCUCCAACUUUUGAACCAUCCUCCAUUUCCUCACCUGUCUUUCCCUCUUUGUUAUGGACUAACGUAGGACAGCGUCUUAGAGACCAUAGCCUACCUACACACAUCCAAAACCAACUUUUAUUUAUUUAUUUUUUUGACACCAAAUACACUGAAACUGGCAAAAUGACGGUUAUUGUCGUAAAUUUCUGUGUGGGUAAAUUUUCUAUUUAUUGCCCAGCCCAACCACAUAGCCUCUUGCUAACAUGUUUGUAAACUAUUUUGAUCAUCAUAUGUCUACUGGAAGACAACCCGAUGGUAACGAGCUGAAAGGGGACAUGAUUCUGUCAAUAAUUUGAUUUUUUUCCUCCUGUUUGUAAACGUGGAGACGGACAGUAGUCCAGGUUAACUGUAACGUACGUGUAAACACAUCCAGUGUGUACCUGCAGCUAGUAUUGUUAUCUAAAAACUUAGAUUGUACCUUCCUUGUCUUUUUUUAAUGAUUUAUAUCUGGAGACUUCAAGUGUUGCUGUGCUUUGUGUACUUGUGGUAAUCAAAUCUAUUGGCACCACUGAGAACGUGUUGACAUCAGCCUGAAAAAUCCAGCCUCACAGAUCUGCUGCACAAAUGAAAGCUCUUUGUCUUGUUAUGCGUUCACACCCUGCAUCGCCUCGUCUUUGUGUCUCCUCCUCUUUCAGUCUCUCCUUGUUGUCACGUUCCCGUCUAAGUGGUUGAACAGGUAGAUCGUGAUCUUUCACUCAGAUGUAGGAUCUUGUUGGUCAGAGUUGACGGCUGCAGUCGAGCACUAACCCUCACAGACGAGUCCCUGCCGUGCUCUCAUCUCCUACAGAGCCCUUCAAUUAAGGCUCCUUUCAGCCGGGCCUCAUUCUUCACUUCUGAGCGGCACUGGAGGGAAGGCCAGGCUGAGGCCGAGAGAUUCAAUCUGUGCGCCUCUGUGAUGAUCUUUCAUUCUGCCAGUUUCAGGCUUCCUCUCUUGCUCACUGUUGUCCUCUCAAACCCCUCUGGUUCCUUCCCAUCCCUCUCUUCUCUAUCUACUAGCCGCAGCCCCUUUUCCUUUCAUUCUCACCAACCUCAUCCCUCUCUCUGUCUUUUAAUCACCCGAUUCUUCUUUUAUUUCUGCUCUUCCUGGUCCUGACCCACACUCCGCCAUCAUCCAUCCACCUUUCCAUCCUCACCUCUAUUCUCAUCUUCACUUUUAUCAUCCUGCGCCUGCUCAAAAUCCGCUCUCUCUCUCCCCGCUUUAUUUGAUUCUCUCUCUCUUCGCUCUGUCUCUCCCUCUCAUUUCCCAUCUCGCUCUUACUCACUCUCUCUCUCUCUCUCUCUCUCUCCGGGUAGUGCUCAGCUGUAGAGCACAGCGGACUCUAAUGGCAGAUCAUUAUCAUGCUAAUUAGAGCACUUUGUAGCUGCCGCCCGUCAUUCUCUCUCCCCCUCCAACGCUAUCGUUAAAAAGGCCGCCCCCUCCUUUCUCCCCUCUUCCCCGCCCCGCGCCCCCUCCCACCCCCACCUCGUCUCUCCAUCAUUAACGGGACGUGCGCUGGUGUAAUUGGACGCUGUUUAUUCCGGGGAGCGGGUUAUUAAAUCACACCGAGGUGACGCUCGCACAGGUCUCCCCCUGAAACGCUUUCAUCAUUGUCCCGUGUCAUUAUUGAACCUGCGUGGACGCGCACAAACACACACACACGCACUCACACACAUGCGUUCAAAGAGGGGGAUUCGUUGUAUAUUGAUGUUUCCUACACGAUGUUUAAUGCAGCCUUUCCCGUUAUCUCCUGCUGUGAAACAAAUGCCUGACACCUCAGAUUUCUCUGCCAGUAAAAAAUAUAAUACAACAACAUUCAUAUGAUAUUCAGCGGGGAUUUUUUUUCCACUCACAGCCUCAGAAGUAGGGCAGAAAAAUGUACAUGUUAUAUUCGGUUUGAAGACAUAUUCAUGCUUUAUAUAUCACAAAGUCUGCCACAAAAUGUAUUCCAGUUUGUUCCAAUUUAGUAACCUGUGAUCAGUCUUCAUAAAGAGCAGUUGUAUUUAUAUUUAUAUAGGUUUGUGUUGAUUUUGGCGCCCCCUGUGGACAAAGUGUUAUUUAUAAUACCCAAUUCUUGGCCCAUGGGAAUGAAAGUAUCAUUGAUAUAUUGCAAAAAAAAGUGUUUAAAAUAUAUUUAAAAAAAAAAAAAAAAAAAAAAAAUAUAUAUAUAUAUAUAUAUAUAUAUAUAUAUAUAUAUAUAAAUAACAAAAGUUUUAAAAAAUAUAUAUAUACAUUUAAGUGCUCAGAAAAACAUAACCAGUGUAGCAGCCAAGCUUUAUCUUAAAGCUGCUGAGAGACUACAGAAACAGGUUAAUUGGUAAUUAAUGUGCUCACUGUUGCUUCGAUUCAUCUUGUGAAAAUUAGACAGUUCUGUAUCUUUCUAUUGGGAGAUUUAUUUCUCCUCUGUUGGUCUUCAAUUCAUACAAAAGCAAACCAUGAACUUCCAUUCAGAGAUUUAAAGUUCACCAGAUUUAUCUCUCAGCAGUCAAAAAAUCAAAGUGCUCUUCUGCGUCGUGCGUCAUCGGACACCUCAGUGAAAGUUCCUACCCAUAAAUCACAUCUACUGAGCCUGAGAGUGACACCUCCUGGGUAAGUUGCGCUCUGCAACCAGCUUUUGUACGUAAACUUGAUCAUGUUUUCUACUUAAAGCUCCUAUGGGUAGUUUUUUCUAUGUUCAUGCAAUAGACAGAAAUUCACAUUCAUGCUUUUACAUCAUACCUGAAGGAGAUUGGCCGUCAGGGACAAGAUAGAUCAUUUUCAAUUUCUGAAGUUGGUGUGAAGGGUUAGGUGUCCGUAUUGUUUUUCCGUAAUACAAAAUCAUCACAAAAGGGAAAGAUUUGGCAGCAGGAUGGGGUAUUUUGUUUAAGACACAACAUCAAGCAUGUAGAGGACAAGAUAAGCAAAGACUGCUUUGUCCAGGUGGAGCGCCAAAGGUCCCGAAAGUUCCUCACAGGAGCGUCAAACAUCAAAAGAUUCAUAUCUUAGCCUGUAGGACCGGGCCUCCAACAGCUACUGUUGUUUUCACCUCAAUGGGAGAAACUACAGCCGGAUGUUUUCCAGUCACCCUCCAGUCUUCAUUGAAACUUUUGUUGCAGCUACAAAGGUCUCUUGAAAAGUGAUAGUUUGUAGCACUCAGGAAUGUGUUUCCUACCCAUUGUAAAUAAAAUGGGCAGAAACUCUUAUGCAGGAUUCUGGACCACACAGUCCACCCAUCAAAGUGGAGUGAAACUGCAAACUGGUCCUUCACUUCUCACUCGGUAUAGCUUCAAGAGCUCGAACAGCUCUUCCCUGUCUUUCUUCUUUUUAUAUUUGAAGAAGGAUAGCACAUCUCUGAACUACUUUUUACUGCUGUUUGACAUCCUGCUGUCUUCUUCUGGUGUUAUGCAGCUGUCCACUUCAGUCCAUGUUACCCUCACACAUCGAGUGAUGAGGUAGUGACACAGUGAGACACUUUGACAGGAGUUUUAUUCAGUGAAAAUAUCGACACUUAGUCCAGCUGUAUCGAUAACUGUUUCACCUGCCUCAGGCCAAUGAUAUACAGCUGUACCUGUCUUGUACACGUGUGCUGUAUAUCAUUUUUCUGACACUUACUUAGUCACAGUUUACAUGCAAGAAAUACUAUUUAGAAAAAGUCAGUCUGUUUCCUGGUGGUCCUGUUUCCUUUACAGUCUUUUGCAUAAACAGUCAAAACUCCUCAGAGGAGCUUUAAAUAGCUGAUAAUUCAAUCUGUGUGUACAGACGUUUUAAUAAACCCUGUUUGAAAGACAUAUUUGGACCAUAGUAUAUACGUCAAAGGACCAAUAUUUGCCUUUUGAGGACCUCCUAGCAGAGGAUAUUUCAUCCUUAUCAGAUUUUGCGUGUCCCUGUAUUUAUGGGUGAGAGAUAGAUUCAGCUCCCCUGUUUUUCAUGUCACUUUUCCUCUAAAUCACAAUGAGGCCCUAAUUUUUCUCCAUGUUCUUCUUUUGCACAAUCAAAUAUGUUUACCUCACAGGUGCAUUUGUUCCAGUACCUCCCUGCCUGUGCCAGGUGCUCAGACUGAAAAACUUGGCUGUCACACAGCUCAGGCCCCGACUGCACAAAGUUACUGAGGCUGAACAGAGACGAGGUGACCAGGAACCUGCCUGUCAGAGCCAGACAAAGGCCUGUUUUAUGAUUACAGGGAGAGGCUGAAACUCCUCCGAGCUUACAUCACCUCCCCUGAGGUUGUAUAACACCAGGCUGCAAUUGCAACAGAACCACCGGGUUCCCUUUGCUCAUCUCUCUCUCUCGCUUGCAUCUGUUUAUAAAUACCUGAAAUACCUAUAAUUAUUUAGCCUGUGCCUCCCUUGAUUGUCGAAUACUCAUCCCAAAGGAAUGCCAUGCAUUUCCGGCAUUGUGACUUUGUUUGCAUUUCUUUUGUUGUCUGUCAGCCCCUCACUGCACGUACUGAACCCACGUGCCGCAAGGUCCAAGAGUACUGAGUCAGGUCUUUUCUAUUCUGCUGUUUGUAUGGGUUCUGUGUUUCCCGGGAGUAAUACACCCCUGGGACUUGGGCCAGGGAGUCACACCUUUGCAUAAAUCUUCCACGCUGCGCAGUUUAGUCUCAGUUCCCGUAAAACUGAUCAAACAGAUAGUGAUAACUCAUAAAUUGGAGUGUGUGCAAAAAUUAAGGCGAUGAGCAGUAAAAUUUUAAGGUGGAAUAGCAAUGACUCGAAAAUGGGUUAAUGUUUUUCAAUUUUGUUCUGGUUUAUAAUGAAAUCCUUCGCAACUGCUUCAAACUGUGUGGAGGAAAACAUACAAAGUGAAUGACUGUCAUCUAUGCAGCUCAAGAAUUGAUGUCCCCCAAUUUUUUCCCAUAGUUGAAUUCAAAAAGUAAAACUUCUGUAAACAAAAUGAACAUUUUCAAAAUUUUUUGUUUCAAUCUUGAUGACAACGGCUCACAGCUCAGCAAUCUUAUUUCAUCAAGUCCGCAGCCUAAAGUCCAGCAUUUAAGAUCACUUUAUGCUUCCACCUGCUGAGAAGCUUUUUAGAGAUACAGAUUUUCAUUUUCAGCAGGACCUAGCUCCUGUCCACAGCGCCAAAAUGUGAGCUGUAAUCAUCAAGAUUCAAACAAUAAAGUCUUGGAAUAUUACAUUUUGUGUGUGAUGGAUCUAAGAUACAAGAAAAUUUGACAUAUUAAAGUAAAUUAUUUACAAAAUUAACUUUUGGAGAAAUUCAAACUUUUUUAGCUGCAUCUGUAUUACAUUUAAAGUGCUGCAAAAUUAAGUCUGAAACGCUUGACCUUAUUUAAUAUUUUUUCACUUCUAUACUGUCAUUUGAUGUUUUUUUUUGAUCGGCUGUUUGUUGUUGUCGACUGCAUCAGGGGCAAAAAUUGUGUAAAAGAGAUGUCUACAUACAGAUUCCUGGACUAUGACACUACUUAGUGAAUUUUGAGGUUUCUGCACGAGUUGCAAAGAGGUCAUUUGUGGGUAUAGAUAAAUAAGACCAGGAGGUUGUUGGUAAUGUACAUUUUUAUAAGGCUUAUCAUAGAGCAGUUUGAAAUGUAGUGUAGUUGGCACAACAACAAUCAUGACAACUUAGUGUAGUUCAUUCAUAGAAGCUUAGUAUCACCUUUUUACUUCAGGUGACCACACUUCUGCCUCAAAAGUCAUAAAAUGUUGUUCUUUUGUCAGGAUUGUGUUGCUGAACUAAAUGUUAAACUUUCCUGCAACAAUGCCAAAUUCGUCUCUCUGUGAUUCCUGCUGCACUUAUUGUUAAAACUUUUAAUACCUACUUUUUAGUGUGCAGUUUAAGUGUCAACUCCAUUAGAAUACAAGAAAUUUUGUGUAUGUGGUCAUUUUCUCCUCAUUUGUCAUUAUCUCUCGGCCUAAAUAGUUCCCCAAACCCCCUGUGCCUUCUCUAUCAAGAAAGAGGACUAAAAGGAGGCCAGGAUAAACAGAGAAACAACAGGAAUAACGCUUUUAAUGACAUUGCCCAUUUGGUUUCUUCUGACUGCCUGCUCGUGUCUGUGCUUUGCAGAUGGUACGUGCCUCUGUUCAGCCUCAUCCUCCUGAUGAUCUGUUGCUACGCCAGGAUCAUCUGCGUGGCCAAUGCAAGGGUGAGUGCUCAGCGUGCAUCCAUUUAGCAGCAGCCAAAGAUGUCGCCUGAGAUAUUGGCUAUUUAGAUACGUCCAAAUGCAUUGUGACCUUUUAGAAAAGUGGCAUAAGUGGAAGCUGAUGACUCUGAGAACUCAGGGAAAAAGCAGUUUGUGUGUUUUAUAUCUCUUCUUUGGAGUGAUACUCUACAAACUUCCCACAUAAAAGCGAGUCCGAAAAAGAUCCCAAGACAUUUCCGGGUCAAGAAAAGGUCAGAUAUACCAGCACAGAUGUUAUAAGCAUUGUUGAGGCAGCGCUACUGGGACAUUUUUGAAUGAAUUAAUCCUUUUCCAGCAGUGAAGGUUUUAAUUUUUGAACUCACGAGGCAACAUUUUCAGGAAUAAUCAUAAAAUUGUACUUAUUACAGUACCUUCCAGUUACUGAUAUUUGGAAACAUUUGGAGACACUUCUCAAUGUCCAAUUUGGCGCGAAAACACAAUAUCUCUGACUCUUAGCCAGGUUGUAAACAAGCCAACAGUCUAGUCACGUUGUCUAAGCUGCUCGAUUUGGAUGUAAAACUUGAAGCACGCAAGCAGGUGAAAGUUGAAGCAGGACGUCUGUUUGCUCAGUUCAGUACAUGUUUACAACACAGUGUUUGGGAAAUUAUUUCACAGAUGCUUUUGUUUUCUCUCCAAGUGUGUUUGAGCCCGGGGGUUUAAAACCUGUCAGAUGGUGUGACUGCUUUUUGGUGAACUCCUUUUGCACUGAACCAAGUCAGCACAGAAGAAUCCUCUUUAAAUUGGUAUAUGUAAAAAUAUUAAAACAAGAGCCAAGUUUUUAAACUUUUUUGGAGUACAUUUACUCCCAAUGAUGUGUUUGAAAUAAGAAACUCCCCAAAUUACAUUCUACUUCAUACAAAGUGGUUUUAAUUGGUUGUAAAAGCAUCUAUUAUUCACUUAUUUCGGAAAGUUUACCUUAUACCAGGUGAUUUUGAAUUGAAAGCAUUUGGCCUUUGGAUGGUCAAUUGGAAUUUUCAGUCUAUUUAUUUGGAGCAAGGCCACUCAAUACUGGUGUGAGGGGUAUUUUCCACAAUUGUUAUCAUUUUAUACAAGAUGUGAUGGAAAUUGAUUGAAGUGUUUUCAAGUCCUUCAGAGUGUUUUCAAGUAUUUGAGUAUGACUAAUUGAAGAAGCUGUUCAGCUUUUAGCAGAGAUGUUUUGCAGAAACAAAAGAGAAAGGCAUGUUCAAAGUCUGUUAUGUGAGGCAUGAAGAAUGUCUGCAAAGUACAGGUACAUGAUGAAAUGCAACACAUUUAGUAUAUAAAGACACUUUUGAUUUUCAGUCUGCAAACCCACCAGCUGUUCAACAGUGUAUGUCUCUGAGAGCCACAAUCCUUUCCACUACUGUUGGUGGAAAGUUAAGACCUCUUUCUAAGGCUUUCUUUACUGCAAAUUUUAUAGUCUCAUUAGCAGUUUGAAGAGUGAUUGUGUUUUUAAAUCAAAUUUUCAGUGAAAUUAGCCCCUCUAGAUAUGUCUCAAAUUAAUGGUGUCAUUAUUUUGGUUCAAUACACGCCCUAGGUAAGCGCUCAUUUAUCUAUUUUUGGUGAGUCCCAGUUUCACUGUAAAUAGGAGAUCUACUGAGGCUUCAGUCUGGCUCACUCUAAAACCAAAACAGAAAACGACUGUCCUGUGAUUUACAGUAACUGCAAAAACAUACUAUAAGUUUGAUAAAAUAACAACAUUAUUAAAUGUAAUAAUGCAAGCUUUGUCAGGUCUGUUUUUAAGACUGGCUUUGGUAACACCAAGCAGAUGAAAUGCUCAACUUGAAUACUUAAAGCUCCUGUAAGGAGUGUUUUGACAUUAAGGAAACAGACUUAACUUCAUAUUCAUGCCUUUAUAUGGUACACAAUAGCAAACAAGCCUUCAGAGACAAGAUUCAAAAUCUUUUUACUGUAAUUUUUAAACCAAAGCGAGGGGGUAGGAGAGGAGUCAGCUGAGGAGCAAAAGAAACAGCCCUUUUUCUUCGAUUUCCACAUAAAACAUUACCAAUAAAAUGACACAGCUGACUGGAAAAAGUCAGCAGGAUGGGAUUUAUUUAUUAGAAGACACUACUUAAGUAUGUGAAAGAUAAAAUAAGCAUAGACUGCUUGGUGUACAUAGGGCGCCAAAAUUAACCCAGACUCAAAGUUCAUGACUGGAACUUUAACUUGUCUUGGUGAGAUAGUUGGCUGGAUUGCAUGUAGAUAUCUGAUUAUAAAGUUAAAUAGAUUAUCACUAGAUUACCACCAAUGGAAACCAUUUGGACAGAAGGCGUUCUGCUUGCGUUUGCUCUCUAUACUGUUUUCUGCAUUCACUAGAGCCUGAUGAUUUGUGAUUGGACAAUACUACUUGGACUUUGGAGACAAACCAGAACACAUUUCACCAAAUGGAGGCCCUUGUCUGUACAUUUCAAUGUAAAACUGCUUUUAUAGAAUUAUCUGUUAAUUACAUUUGGGUUUUAGACAGCUGGAAGAUAUUUAAAGACAACAACAUGCGCUUUCUGUAACUUUGUGAUUGACAUAUGUCUCUUUUCUGAAACAUUUCAUACUCUUCAGCACUUCAUUUGAGUAGCUAACUAAUUAUUUGAUGCACCGCUCAGCUGAUGGUCCUCCCUGCUGCCUGGUAGGUCUGUUGUUUUCCGUUGUCAGACUACAUCGAGAACCCACAGGCAGGAUUUCAUUUAAGUCCACAUAACUGCCAUUCCCCUGAUCUGACGACACGGCACACGGUGCUGCUGUAGUGUUGGUGAUAGGGUGCUGGCAGACAUGUGUUACAGCAAUAUGUGUGUGGGUUCCUGAUGUGAUUCAUCAAAUGGAAAAAAAAAUGAAGUAAGGAAGGGAGAAUCAGGCCAAAGCCACAUCAGACUCACAAUGGAUUGUCUUUGUGCGUGUUAGCAGUCUUUGUCAGACUUGCAGAUUGAGCGAUGGAGCGGUGAGACAGAUUCAGAGAUAGCGGGGCUGCAGACAGACAGCACCGGAGACAGACAGCAGGUAGCUGAAAGGAAAAGAGGCUACACAGCUCUUUAUCAUGAAUGUGAUAAAGGGAAUGAGUGAAUGGAGCUGGUUCGCAAUCUGCAUCUCAUAACUCAUUCAGCUCACAGUGCUCAGCUGUCUCCCCCUCAACAACCUGUCUCUCUCUCUCUUUCUUUCUUUCACUCUCUCUCUCUCUCUCUCUCUCCCUGUGUAUGUUUUCCUCCUUUCUUGUUUCUCUCCACACCUCCUCUAUCGUUGUUUCUUUCCUCCCUCUCUUUUCCUCCCUGCUUUUACAUCUCUCCCCCCUUCCCCUCCUCUGCCGUUUUGCUUUCUCUAUCAUAUUUAUGAAGAGCUCAAGCCUUAUCUCUUUUCAGCUGCAGGCUGUCUCACUUGAAAGAAUUUCAAAAGCUUUGAAAGCGGGGUAGGUGGCGACGCAUUGGGGGAAAAGGGAUAAAGACGAAGGAGGCUCAGCGAGAAGGAAAGUGGGAUGAGAGACGGACGGGGAAGUUUUGCCUGUUUUCCUGAGACGGGAGUUAUCAAGGGUGAAACUAGUGCUCGAGAGUUCACCAAGCCAGUCGCUUACAAAAAGAUUAUCAAAGAGAGCGUGGAUAUAUUCUGAAUCACUGUGUUAGAUUCCACUGACUGGUGGGAUUUGGAAGCUAAUGAGUCAUUAUAAAACCAGACAAAGACGUCUGAGAGUGUUAUGGUGCGUUUGUUUCAUGAAAGUUAUGUGUAUGUGCCCACUCCUUUCCUUCAAAGCCUUAACACUUGACUGGCUGGCUGAAAUGUUUGCCUUUCUGUGGGGUAGCUCAUGGCAGAAAGUACGAGACAAAACUUCUCAAAAAGGAAACUCCACACUUCAGAAUAUGUUAAAGAAAAGUCGGUGAAAGAGGGUGACCUUUUGACGAUAAACAAAGGCUGAUUGAAUGUGUGUGUAAACUUUAGUGGAAAUGCACCUACCUCAAUUAGGGAUGUAUUGAUAGACUCAACACAUAGUUUGAUAUGGAUCAUGAGGAUGCCGGGUUCAACACAGUUCAUGUUCAAGCUUUAGAGAGGAGAUUCGCUCUUGAAGCUGUUAUUGUAUUUACCGUUUUUAAAAUGUGCUUUUAUUUUGAAAGAAUGCAAAGGUACAUUUCUAAACUCCUAAUUAACCGUCAAAAGAGCGACCAAUGGUAAAAAAGUUGGGUGUCAAAGGAGCUAAAAAGAGGUAAGCACUCUUAAUGUUGUCCUAAUGUCACCUGACACUUUUCUCUUGACUCUUUGCUACCCAUGAUGUGGGGACACCACUCCUGACAUGAGGAACAGAGAAAGAGAGAGAUUGUCCACUUGUUUUGUUGUAUUGUGAAUGGUAAUCAUAAAUGGCUAAGAAAUCUCCUUAACUGGAAAUGUUCUAAAGCUGAUCAUUUCCCGGUCAAUAAAAUGGGAAUUUGAAAUUUUACCAACUGGCUCAUUUGAAGUUAAGAAAACAGUCAAAAUUUAAACACAGUUAAAUUAGUAAAAUCAACUUUUCAAAACAAAGGUCUGAAGGUGAUGUCUAACUGAAAUGUGUCUGUUUGGCUAAUGUUAGCAGAAUUAUCACCACCAAUCUUUGGUCCUCCCGACAUUUUCACUUGACGAGUUGUUCUUGGUGCCGACAAACAAGGGUGACAGCAUUUAUUUGUGAAGUCGAAUAAGUGCACACAUCCCUGUCCUCAACUAAAAAAUCUUCACCUCCUGUCCUCAUGUCUGCACGCCUCCUUUCAGCCCUUGACUUGAAGUGGUGUAAUGAUGUCAAACAAGACAAGCCAAAGGCAGGUACUGCCCUCUGCUGAUUGAACAGGGAGCCAAUAUUUAUUUUUUAUCUUGCUGAUUUAAAUCAUUUUGUGUGUUGACUAUUUCACCUGUCUAACUUAGUGUAAAUCACUAAUUUUAAGAUGUGCUGAAUUACUUUGUUAAAUUAAAUCAGGAGACAUUUUGCAGCAUUUGUAUAAGUUUUAUUCUACUUCUGCUUGUGAAAAAGCACCUUCUUUGUUUCUUCACGAACAUCCUACAAUAAAGUUUAAACAUAUUGAAUCACGUUAUUGUCAGGGGAAAGGGUUUUUUAUUUUGCAUCUAAAGAAAGAUGUUUGUUAAACUCUAAACCACGUAGGUUAAAUAUGUAAGAACCCUGCAGGUAGUUGAGGUGACAAAACAGGAACCCAGUUAUUCUCUCUUAUAUUAAGAUCCAAUGAAAUUUGAUAAAACACCCUCAAUCUUGUCUUUGUGUGGAAUAUUUUAUUACUGGCACAGCCUCUCCCAAAUUGUUUUUAGUUCCAGUAAUCUUAAACAAAAACUUGUGGACUGCAGAGAAAAUUGAGUUUUUUUCCUCACUGCUCUGUAACCUAAACCGGCGUACAAAUCCAGAAAGGGUUUCAAAAUAUGAACAGAUCUUGCCGAAGCUUGAUGAUUUGGCCACUUGUUAUCAGCGGUUGUUAAUUUUGAUGGAUUGUGGUGCUCUGCUGGACAACAAAGGCGCCGCUCUGGAGCAAGUUCAAUCAAACCAAACGGCUAUUUCUUUUUUUUUUUUUUUUUCCGCCAGAGCACAAACACACCGCGGCCGCACAUACACUGGAUUUACAAUGACGAUCACGUCAGCGCAGAGAAACCAUGGCAACAUUGAGUUAAUAAAUAGCAGAACAGAGGAGCUGUUAGAGCGUAUCGUUUGUGUUCUGCGUGCAUGUGAAGCUCACUGGGCCUCCAGAGAUUUGUCUCUGAUGUCUUGGGUUACAUAAACCUUCUGGCUGCCUGUGACCCCCCCUUCCCCACCACCUCUUCACUGUCCCACCAUAUGAAAUCCCAUUCCAGUCUUGUGCAUGUGCGUGUGUGUCUCUGCGAGUAUGUGUGUGAGUUCCUGCUCGUGUCUGUUGACAUUUUCCCUGCAUUCCCCUGAGAGAGGAGACGGAGGAAGAGCGAAAAGUAUUCCCACGUUCUCUCCAGAGAGCUCCAAUCUGCCAAGUUUGCUCCAAUUUUCCUCUUUCUUUCACACUUCCUCAAAAAUACUGUCUCUUUUCUCUCUAACCCUUUGCCUUUUUUCUUCUUCUUUCUCUACCUUAUGUCACAUUGUGUGCGCUGAAGCUGAUCAGUCCCCUCUCUCUUUCGUGAGAUGCUGGGAGCUCUGUGAGUGCCUCCUUCUGUCUCCAAGCGCUGCACUUUUCUACUUGGCUGUAAAUUAGGCAGUUUGGCAGGAAUGGCUGAGAAGUCUGAUGGAUUUUGCGUUGCCACUUGUCCCUGCUGGUGCUGACCUCUAAACCCGAGGCCACUCAUCUCUAGGAAAGAAACAACUGAUUUGAAGAUCAAAUCACUUUUAGCUUUAGUUUUUUUUUUUUUUGGAUAGAGUAAUUGCUCUGACCUUUUCCUUCCUAUUUUGUGUUUUUUUUUUUUUUUGCACAGAUGCAGUCAUGGCUGGGGACCUUCAACCCUGAGAGAGAGAGACGAAAGGUAACAAACACCCUGUCAGAGCACUACUUGUAUACAUAAAGAGCAUGGAGAUAAAUGUGUGUGUGUGCAGGAUUAUCUUAGUAGGUGUCAGUCAGCAGGGGGAAAUUCUGACCUCAUGAUACCCGCCCUCUUCACAGAGUGCUUGUCUGUCCAUGCACAUUUACAGCUGCAUGAUAAAUCACAACUAGGUGAAUAUUCCCAGAAAAGCUUUCAUCUUAAACACAUCACAAGAGGCUGAAUUUACUGCAGUAAAUAAGAAAAAAUACUCAAAAAUAUUUUAUGAAAGCAGUCAAUAGUUUCUCACUCAGCAUGCUUACAUUUUGCCUAUUAGAUAGAAGUUUAGAUUUAACAGUCUUCACAUCGCUUUGAUGCAUUUAAAUGAGCCAGAGUAGCUGUUCAGUCGUCCUCCGGAGGGGUACAGUGCGUACACAGCAUACUGAGCACGAUGAAGGAUGGUGUUAAACAGGGCUGUGGCAAUAUAACAGAAUUGGGGGGCGGGGGGUGUCUUUAUUACAAUAUAAAAUAUUGAUACCGUGCUAACAAUAAGCAGUCUGUAAUACCGUGAGUUGUGAGCGUAGGUCUUAAACACUCGUUCUGAAAUUGAGAAAAGAGGAAGAAGAAGCAGCAGACUGCCUGCGAUCUAGCUUAGAUCAGCUCUCUAAGAACUGAUCGGGGACUUUUAAAAAAGGAAUUCUAUGAUUAUUUUCAGUCCAAAAGCAAAAUUAAAGCUUGUGCCUCUCAGGGUUCAUUUUUCUAACAGUUUUAAUUCAGUUCCAUAACUCUGAUCGACCAGAAGUAACUUUCUCUUCAAAAUAAGAGCUUAGUUUGACAAUUUAGGAAUUAAAGACGUUUCAGUAACACAGCCAGUGAUGUGGAUAAAUCAUAAAAUUGAACAUAAUUAGAAAAGGGAGGAUUACAUGUAUGUUAAUUAGGUUUACUAAGUUACUAAUUAAAAUUUAUGGUUUUAAAAUGCUUAUGCUCUUGCUAGAUCAGUUUUAUUUAUCAUGUUGCUUUAAGUUUCAAGUUUUCAAGUUGAUAGCAAUGAUAUCGUUACUGUGAUAUUUUAUGGUAACGUUUUGAAAAUCUUAUAACGUGACAACCCUUGUGUUAAACGUGAAUAAAUGGCAGAUUUUAGGGGGAAAAGUUUUAAUUUAAAGUAGCAUUACUGGCAUGAACAGAUUCAAACAUAGUCCCGACAAAGUGGUUCAAAAUAAAUCCAAAUAAAUCUGAGAAAAAACAAACUAUUUGGGGAAAUGUCAGCUUACUCUAAUUAAAUGUAACAUCUCUUCUUUCUGGAUGAAAUGGAUAGAUAUUCUGUCCUGGUUUAAAAUGAGUAGAGCAAAACUUCUCCAACGAAUUCACCUCCUAACAAGUGCAGUCAGAUAAUGGCAAAAAUCAGAACUAUUUCUAUUCUUCUCUUUUUUUUUUUGCACAGUCAUCCUUCAAAAAGAGAAAAAAAUACACCUGUCAAAGAGAGGGACGAGAUGCCAUUUUGUUAAAAAAUGAGGAUAACAUUUUCAGACAGUCUCUCCUUGAAGGCAUUCACCGCGUUUCACUCAGUUGUUGACAAUGAAAAAGAAAAAGUGUGGAAGGACGGAGAAAGAGGCCUGAUCUCAUUUCUCACCUUUGUGAACUUGCCAGUCAUGGUGGGACUUUGCCGAAAGAUACAGAGGUGUUUGUACACAGCUGCCCUGUACUGACAUAAUAAAGGUAUAUAGAGGGAGAGAGGUCAUCCAAAGUGAGAAGAGUAGCAGACAUUUGGACAAAGUAUACAUACACCCCCUCAGAACGGUAUCAUUAAGCGUUUUCAGCUCAGAUUUUUGGACUGCAAAUUUAAACCAAACAGACCACCUGCAGGAAAGGUUAUGAAAAUAAUUUAACUGGUUGCAUUAUGGGAAAAGGAGUACUUUUUCUGAUUAGGCACUCAUGAGAGAGUAAAGCUUGGAUAUCUUGUGUGCUUGUGUUUUGACAUGAAACGUUUCUAAAACAUGUCUCUUCUGAGUCCCAUAACUUUGCACAAGUGCAGGACUAAACCGCUGUAGUUCCCCGUUACAGUAAAUAAUGUAUCCCUCCUUUAAAUUAGUAACACCGGGAAGUGUCUCCACCUUAAAACUGUCAUUAAAUCUAACUUACAGUUGUAGAAGCUGAAUUUUCUCCCUCAGCAGGAGUCUGAACCUUUAUCCACACAGCCUCAUCAUUAAAAAGUGAAGCCUUACAUCUGCCUAAACCAAAGCAGUCCCUAAAGUAAAAAGCUGAUCAGUGUCGUGUUGCUGCUCGCAAAAAGCUAGAAAGCAGCAAACUCUUGUUGUCUUACUCUUAGUUUCCUUCCUCUCCCCCCUCCUCCUCCCUCCCCCCACCUCCCUGCGGGGUGAGGUGUGGAAGGGCAGGUUAGGGUUAAGGUUAUGUAGAUGCUGCCCCUAAGUGGCAGAUGUAAUUACUGCACACUGAACUGGCGUAACCCUCACCACUGAUGCGUGUGUGGGCAUGAUUGUGUGGCAGCAACACACACACACACAUGCACGCACUGUUCAUGUGGGCUAAUUGCUGUGUGUAGCACAGAGUGUAAAUAAGUCAGCAGUGGUUUUUAUCACACUCUCCUCUUCCUCGCUUUUCUUUUUUCCCAGUCGCCUCUCCAGUUUCCGUCUGUUUUUCUCUCUGCCUCUCACUUCUCCUCUCUCUUUUUCGUUUCCUCCCUCUUUCUCACUUCCUACCUUCAGUCUCUUUCUCUCACUCUUGUACUCACACACAGCAUGAAUAAAGCAGCAAGCCAGGUUCAUGGACAUGAAUAUUUAUGAGAGUUUAUGCACGCGCUGCGAUGCUUUAAAACAACAACAACAGCCUUGCAGGUUGCGCCUGCCAAUUCACCCAGCUCUGCUUCACGUGUGUGUGUGUGUGUGUGUGUGUGUGUGUGUGUGUGUGUGUGUGUGUGUGUGUGUGUGUGUGUGUGUGUGUGUGUGUGUGUGUAUGUUUUUUUGUGCAUGAUUAUGUGUGUGCAGCAGCAGGUGUAAACUAGAGAAAGAGAUCCCUGCUGGGUGUCCGCUGGCUCCGGUGAUUUCCAUCAAUGCUGCUCCAUCUCCCUCCUUCUGGGCCUCACAUGCUCUCUGUUACUGUGUCACACGCAAACACACACUCGCUCGCUCGCACACACACACACGCGGACAAAUGUUUUCUUGUUUUCUACUUGCAUGUAUUUUCCUACAUUCGCCGUUCUUGAUCUAUUUUUCUCUUUCUAUGACUCAGUCUAGUACACCCCUCCCCUCAUCUUCUAUCUUUUUCUGCGUGUGUGUGUGUGAAGUGUGUUUUUUGAGCGUGUGUCUUGUCUGGGAGAUGACGUACAUAACUAGUGUUGGCAGUUAUCAGGGCCGUCCGUCACAUGGCUGUGACACAUUUCUCUAUGUCUCCAGGGAUUUGUUUGCGGUCAUGCUUGAGUACUGACACACACGCUCACACACGCUCACGAGCGCACACACAAGCAUUGCAAGGUCUUGCAGCAGCACGGGUCAGCAGGAGGAUAUUCUGAGGAGGGCGUUUUGUCAGGUUGCUCAAACACGCACACGCUGACACACAAACACCUCUUAACACAUUUGCACACGCAGCAGCUCGGUCCCGUCGGGUAGCAACAAAGCUGGCUGAGUAAACAGUGAGCUGCUUGUUCGUUAUCUUCGCAGGGUGUUUGUUUACUGAUCCACACAAGCUUUGCCUUGAGUCACAAUGUGAAGUGUCUACUUCUGUGCUCGUAUAUAUGUGUAUGCGUUUGGGUGUGUGUGUCAGUGAGAGUUGAGCAGAGGUUUUACUGCCAAAUUUUACUUUUACAUGCGGUCAGCAUCCUGAGGAGCUUCCCGACUGUGAGAAAGCUGCAAGGACAGUUGGGUUAGUCUAUUGAGGGCUCUCAGUCAGGACAUGUGGCUUUGACAAAACACAUCUACGGAUCCGCUCUUCAGCUGCUUGGGAGGGUACCGCUUUGAGCCUUCAGUGUUACUUCUGUGUUCCCUCACAUGAUGCCCUUGGGUUUUAACUUUCUCGGAAAAAAAUCUUAGUGAGGGGAUUUAAAAUAAUGAAAUUAUGCAAGUAUCCGGGAAUAUUUAAAUGUAUUCGAUGAAGGAAAAUAUAAAUGAAGAGAAAUAGGUUUUUUUUGUACUUCUCAGAACUUUGAAUUGUAAGUAAGAUUUUAGUGAUUUCUGCAGCAAAUGGAGGUUGCUUUGCUGCUUUGUUAAUGUUUCAGUUCUUUUGCAAGGACUUCUCAUUUAAAAUCUCUCAGAAGUUGAGGUCCAGUGGUUGAAAACAGUAUACAGACGAGGAAAGUACCUUUUCAGUUGUCCCGUGCCCUGGGUCAGGGGGGCAGAACUUGGGUCUCUAACCAUUCAAAUAUCAGUGGAAUAAUUUGCCAAAGUUUUGCUUUAAAAAUCAUGUUGUAUUUAUUCAUUGAACUCAGAUUUAUUUUUUCUAUUUGUCCUGAAAUAGACGGGUUUCUGUGCAACGUCAUCGCAGGUAUGCGCGCGCAGCCUUGGGGCAGAAAGCGGGACAUUUCUUAUUUGUUUACUAACGGAGUCAAUGGAGAAAGAAAAUGACAAGGAGCUGUUGUGGUGUAAACUGCACGAAUGGGCAUAACAAUCGGCAACCAUUACGACCCUGCUCCUCAUAUUAGAGACAUCUAAAACAACGUCACAACUUGGUAAAUUGAGUGAAAUUCAUGUGUUUUUCUGAUUUUGAGGCAGUGAAAGACAAAGCUAUUUUUCAAUUAAAUGACAUUUUAUUGCAAUUGUGUCAGGGAUAUGGCAUCUUCUUUGAUAUCAUUUUGCUCCAAAGCAGGCUUUUGCCCCAUGGUUGCGCACGCACCUACCCACCAAACAUCGUCGCUCUGACGUUUAGAAACUGGACGUCAUCUGAAGACCAAAUCUAGACGUCGGCACAACGUGCAAAAUGGAUCCAAGAUUUAGACGUCAUUAUUGGACCUCUUUCAAACGUUGAAAUGACGUCCACAUUUGUACCUCAUCGUAAACCGUCAUAACGGGAAUAAGUGCUCAAAACACUGGACAAAGGAAAAAGAAAAAGAGUUAGUCAAAGGGAAUUCCUGAAAUUUUUUUGAGAAAGAUAUAUGAAGUUGACGGUGAAGAAGAAGUGCCAAAGGAUUAUCGACAACAACGUAAGACGGUUAAUUAUACAGCAUAGUCGCUAACGAUUUGCUCUAAACCUUGCUGAUGAUGUCUUGAUAGCUUUUAUAAACCACACGUCCUUUCUGACAGUAGAUGACAGCUGAGCAGGCAACAUAACCGCGGCCUGUUGAGACAAAGAGGGAGAGACCGUGACAGGAAGGGCUGCAGCCUCCAGCUCCGGUCACAGAGAGAGAGAGAGAGAGAGAGAGAGAGAGAGAGAGAGAGAGAGUGAGGUACGACGAUGCUGCAGAGGCUCGCUGUUAGAGAGGGUUAUAGAGAUGAGACGUAGCGUCUGAUUCUGAGUCAGAGCAGCAGAGAUCAGAGACAGAUGUAAGUAAAAUUCAUGAACCAGGGUAGUCUCUGGGCAUGGCAUAUGAUACUACAACCAUCCCCCCUACACUGUUGUAUUUGAAAGUCUGACUGAAAAAAUUUUGAUUGACAUAAUUGAUGCAAUCUAAGAGAGUGUUUCUCGUGUCUUUGUGGAGGAGAUAGGUUUUUUUUGUGUGUGUGUGUGUGUGUGAGAGAGUGGGUGAUACUUUCUCAUUUUUGAUUGAUUAAUUGUGUGAUUGAUGGGCAGUUGAAGCGGCACUCUUGGAUUAGCCUGGCUGGGCCAUCCAGUUGAAUCACUUGCCGUUCCUUCACACAACAGUCUGGACUUCGACCCAUUGGGAGCGUGUUUUAGCGAUCAGAAAAUAACCGGGCCAAUCAGUGACUGUGUUUCCACUGUUCCCCGGACAACAGGGAAAGGUAGCCCCUGACUGGUCCAUGUGUAGAUGGUGACGUCUAACACAUGCUGCAGGACUUUUCAAAGCCCCAUUCAUUCAGAACGCUGUUAAUUCUGCAGUUGACUUUGCAAAGUCGGCAGAAAUCGUUUAUUUCCGGUGUCUUCUGCAGAUACUGUUGUGUGAAGGAAUGGCAAGGGAUUCACGCAACAGGAUGGCCCGGCCAGGCUACUCUUGAAUAGACUUGUCCCAGGCACAGGCAAACCUAGCCUGGCUGGGCCAUCCAGUUGCGUGAAUCACUUGUUGCGGUUGUUGUGGGAAGGAACGGAAAGUGAUUCACGCAACUGGAUGGCCCAGCCAGGCUAAGGCAAACCUACCAGCUGGCCUGAUUAUAAUGCAAUACAAUAUGAUACAAAAUGGUCUAAUACCAUAUGGUAUAGCGGCAUAGUAUUCUGUACAGUACUAUACAACAGGAUACAGUAUAUAGUGAAAUAGUAUGAUUAUACGCAAUGUGAAGCAAUACUGUACAAUAUGGCAAAAUUGUACAUCAGACGAUAUGAUAUAUUAUACAAUACCCCCAUACGAUGAUAUGGUGUGAAACUUCACAAUAUGAUUCAAUACUGUUCAACAUAGCAUAAUGCAACAUGACCCAAUAUGAUUUAAUGGAAAAAAUGAUACAGUACCUUAAAAUACAAUAUAUGACAUGAUAAGAUGAAACAGUUUGAUACCGCAUGAUAUGAUAGGCCACUGUACAAUACAAUACAAUACACUGAAUCAAUGUAUGAUAUGGUUUAACAAUAAGAAAAUGAUACUGUACAUUACAAUGCAUCUAAACACAACAUGAUCUAAUGAGAUAGGAUAUACUACAAAACAAUCUAAUACAAAAUAAUAAGAUAUGAUACAAUAUGUAAUGAUACGAUAAGAUACAAGACAAUAUAAUGCAUUACACUUGGCCCUAAAGGGUCAUUUUUCAUUUGCUCAUUGAUACAUACAUUAAUUAGACUUCGAAGUUGUGUUUUUUAAUUAAGAAGUAUAACAGCAAACAGACAUCUAUAUAAAAACAUAGAUGUUCAUUUACAUAUGGCAUCUUAUCCAUUUCUGCUUGUCCUAUAUAAGAUAUUAGAGUUGUGAGCUCAAGUACAAAAGAAUCAUAAAACUUCUGCACCAAUCCUGCAGCCUCACUGGACACUAAAAAAAUAAUAACUUUUAAUAAUAAACACACACAGAAGAAGAAGCUCUGGUUUGUGAUUGUUAAAGGUUUCAGUCAUUGAAAUUCACAGCUAAAAGAGCCCUCUGAAAAGUCCUUGAAUUUGAUGUUGGAGAGCAUUGGGAAACCUGGCACUGUUAUUUUUACUUUUCUUUGCGAGCGAGGGUGAGCUCAGUGGGUGGUGGAGGGGAUGGCUUUCUCCUGAUAACCGUCUGUAAUCUAGCGUGCGUCAUUAACGUCGGGGCCGCUGCGCCUGCCGCACAUAAUUACGGUUUCAUUCCCCUCUGCUUCCCGAGCAGCGCAGGGGCCUCUGACACGGGAGGACUGUGAUUAAAAACACGAGGCUCUUUAGCCGCGCUCCUUCCUCUCCUCCCCCUCCCCACUCCUCCCAUUCCUCCUCCUCCACUCUUCCACAUCCUGUCUCUUGCACACUGAAAUUCCUCAAAUGCCUGUCUCUACACCUCACUGAAAAUUUUAUCGGAGACUAGCAGCUUUUUAACCCCAUUUCUAAAUCUUUUUUUCCUCCAAAUAUCACACACAAAGGCUCACACAGCCACAAAUCUCCUUUUCCAGGAAGCGUCCUUCAGGCUCCUGGAUUGCCCUUUCCCUCUCUGCCAGUGAGACAUUCCACCAAGUACACACACACUCACACACACACGCACACAGUAGAGGUGACAGAAGAGCUUGACACAAUCAGUGAUGUCAUACCUCCCCAUUACAAUCCACUCAGAGUGACGCUCUGACUGACCAUCCGAUCAAAUCCAUAUGUCAAACUUUGCUCUAAUUUUCACUCAAACACACACAUAUGGAAUUAAAAAGAAAAAAAAACAUUGGGGGCUCUCAUGAUGUUCAUAUGAAUUGUUUAAAAACCGCCUGCAUUGGGGGCUUGCUCGCCGCAGGGUCUUUCUGGUGAGUAAUUAAUUUCCAGCAUGUGGGGGUAGAGACCGGAGCUCGUGGGCCUGCCUGCUGGCUCCGACUUUGUGAGAGAGAGAGGGAGAGAAAUAGAGGGAGGCUUUGCCCUGGCUUGGCUACCGCGUCCUAGCCUUGGGGAGGAGAGGGAGGGGGAGUUGUUGAACCAGCACGGCGCAGAAAAUCGAUCCAGGGGCCGCGCUUCUCAGCCUCUUUCCGGACGCGAGAGUCCUCUUCUCUCGGGAAUUAGAUAACGGCUUGUAAAAGCUCUCCAUCGCUUGCCUCUUCUACCCCCCCUUUUUUUUCUCGAUAUUAAGCCGCUCCUGCAUCUUUCUGUCUUCUUUCCCGUACGCUCAUACAGUUAUUGAAUUCAUCCUGUUAGCGUUUACUGCAAAGUAUUGGCUUCCAGUUUAAUUGGAAUCCCCAUUUCUUCUCAUAACUGUGUGGAUAUUGCGUAUUAUCAGCAGGUUAAUAUUUUAUUAGCUUUUAAUUGGCCUUUGUUGUUUGCUUCAGUGCACAGAUCUUCCACUUAAGACCCUGGACCCUGUGUGUGUGUGUGUUUGAAAAAGCGAGAAAAGGGUGUUAAUGUGUGCAUCCACUUUUCUCCACAUGGGUCAGCAGUCUCCUUUCUUUUCCCUCAGGUUUCUUUGGCGGAGGAGAUCAAGCCGUUGAAGUGGUAUCCCUCCGUCUAUCUGCUGGUGUCUAUCUUCCCACUCAUCAACAGGUAACACACACACACCUCUACACACAGUGCACUACACACCUGUAUGGCACAGACACACUCUCUCUCCCCGCUUUGUUGUUUUAUUUGCAUGUCGGCUUCACUCUGCCGUCUUAUCUCCCUUCAACCCGUCACCCUAUCCUCCUCCCCUCCCUCACCCUCCAACUGUCUCUCCUGUCCUCCUUUCUCGCUCACUCUUAUCUGAACUCUCGGAAGGCUUCGCUCUCUCUGUAGCAGCACCGACAUGAAGGAGAUUGUGCGUGUGUGUGUGUGUGUGUGUGUGUGUGUGUCGGAGCCUGGGAGCCUUUUAUUGGCUUUUUUAAAACCAGGGCUUCUCCGGCUGAUGGUUGGAGGGAGGAGGCGGGUGGUCCAGUAAAUGAUAACCCCAGCGCUGUUAUUACUUCUUCACUCCCUUCCCUUUCCUCCCGCUCUCUCUCUUUCUCUCUCUCUGUCUCUCUCUCCGUUCCUUUCUCUCUCCUCCCUUUUUUCUUUUAUCCACACACACACACACACACACACACACACACACACACACACUCCCACCCCCCGCCCCCAAGUGGCACCCGGUGUGAUUGACAGGUCAGGGUUACUAAGUGAUUAGCUGCGGCGGCUCUGCUUGUCGCCACGGCGAUGUAGGCGGAGACACAGGUCAAUUACAGGGUCAACGUCUCUCAAAGGCUCCGCUUAAACACCACCCAUCCCCCUCCUCCCUUAUCCUCCUCACCCUCACCCUCACCCUCUCAACCUCCUCCUCCUCCUUUGCUUCCUUCACCUCUCCAUCCAUUCCACCCCCCUCCUCCCCUCCUCUCCCAUGUCCCGGCUGUCGGCUAAAGAAGAUGACAAACUGCAUCCUGCGCUAACCCCAAACCCUCCCUCAUCUCCUUACCUCCCACUCCCUUCUUUCCUCCCCUCUUGAUGACAAUUUCCUCUUCCUCCCUUUCCUCCCUCCGCUGCGCUAAAAACAUCUCUGUUAAGCUCUGUUAUUUCCACACUUCCUCACUUAGGUUUCUGUCUUCCUCGCUCGUGUUUUCAUGUCACCUUCCCUCCUCCUCCUUUUCCUCCUCCACUUUUCCUCUCCUCCGCCACACAAAGCCCUCUCUCUCUCUCUCUCUCUCUCACUCUCUCUCCCCCUCUCUUGAGCAAACACGCUCUCUCCCGCUCGCUCGCUCGGCUCAGCUCCGCUCCCCUCAGCCUUUCUCCUGAGAGCGAGCGAGGAGAAAACGGGAAUGAAUUGCUCUCUCGUCGUCGUCCCCCUCCUCCACCUCCCCCUGUUCGGCAGCGCUGGCUGUAUAUAUCUCCGACUCCUAUUAAUUUGUUAGCCUCCCCCUCCUUCUCUCCCUCCUCUUCCCCUACUCGCUCACCUCCCUCCCCCCUGGCUCAUAUCCUCCUCCUCCCCUCUCUCUCUCCAUCCUUCCCUCCCCUCUGCUGAGUGCUGGAGUGUGUAAAGUGUUUGUCACGGUGCCGUGCCGAUGUCGCUGUGCUCUGCCGUGCGGAAGCAGCGCACGGCAGACUGCCUUAGUGUGUGUGUUUUUCCCCGCAUGUGUGUGUGAUUGUGCGAUUGUGUGUGUAGGCGGGUGGUUGGGUUCGUGUCAAGGCGAAUGUGCUGUGGAUGCUUGUUGCCGCGCACGCAUGUGUGUGCACUUAUGUGCGCGUUGUUAUGCCUCAUAGUGAGUGUGUGCUUUUGUAUGGCUGUCUAUGAGCAUUUCUCUUGUGUUAGUGUGGUGAAAAUGUGUGUGCGUGUGUGUGUGUGUGCAUGCCUUGCAUGUGUGUGUGUCUGAGUGGGGGAUUAUUUCUAUCUGAGCCCCAAAGCCUCCUAAACAGGGCUUAGAGAGACGGCCCAGGGCAGCAGCUAAAGCCGUCGGGUAGAGCUCGCAUCCCCACCACCCCCCCUCGCCCGCCCGCCCGCUCGCUCGCUCGCUCACUCGCUUACCCUGCCUCCCUUUCUGCUCUCUCUCUCUUUCUCUUUUCUCUCUCUGCCAUUUCUCCCUGCCCUGAUCCAUUGCGUUAAUACACAGACACUCCCACACACAAACACACUCUUGUUUUUGGCCCUCAUCUGCUACCGCGCACACACACACACACACACACAAACACACACACACACACAGACAGUCACACGCCACACACAAUUUUAAUCUGUUCCAAAUGCACACUGGUAAAUGUGUUAAUUCGACACCAGCUGUUGCGAAUUGAAAUGGGAAAGCGCUCCUACUCUUCCUCGCCCGCGCUCACUCGCUCGCUUGCUCGCACAAACACGCACACACACACACACACACACGGCGGAGUCAUUAUACAUCAUUUUGCCGCACACAUCUCCCUCUCCUCACUCAUUCACUUGCCCUCAUUUGGCAACACAAAAGUAGCACCAGACACUCACACCUUCGCACUUCUCCCUCCUCCUCCCCUCUCUCUCUAUCUUUGUCCUUCUUUUCCCUCCCUCUCUGCCACUUCAGUCUCCUUCAGCUCUUGUGAGCGUGUGUGUGUGUGUGUGUGUGUGUGUGUGUGUGUGUGUGUGUGUGUGUGUGUGUGUGUGUGUGUGUGUGCGUGUGUGUAAGCGCUGCCCGGGCACGACUAGAGUUUUCACAGUCUGCUUCUCACAUCGCCUCCCCUGUGUGCUUUAUGGUGUGGGUGUGUGUUUGUUUACAAGGCUUGUCUAGAUUCCUACUGUGCGCGCUUGUACGCCUGUUUGCAUAAAUAAGCCCUCUCCUCGGAACUUAGCUGCCGAUUUCUGCAGGGCGGCGCAGCUUGAUGUGGCGAGUGCUCCUCCUGGACGGCCUGCUUGUCUUUUAUGAGGACUUUUCCCUCUCUUCAAACACCCCCUUACCCCGCCUCCCCCCUUCCCCUCUUUUGACACCGAGCAGCGAGAGAUAGGCUUCCCCAUUUAGUGUCUGUUUUCCUCUUCCUAGGGUUUUGUCUCGCACCACAUAGCAGGAGAGUUAGCUGCCUCUUAGCAAUCAGGGUUACGUGCCCUGCAGAGCGGUGCAUCAGCGCAGAUAGAUUGGCCCUGGCGGCUGGGCUUGAACCGGUGAGAUGUCUGCAACCUUGGGUUCACCGUGGCGCUCCAGGAGGCGGCUCGCAUCCUGGUAGUUAUUCUUAGUUUCCCUCGAUGCUACGUGUGGGUUUUCUGGUGUGUAUAGCUCCUAUACGUGCUUGCAGGGGAUUUUUGUAUGAGCUCCCUACAGCGCUAAAGCCCCCCUCGCCUUUCUCUGGAGGAGAUCUGAUUUCCCUGCUCCAGGCAAGCAGCGAGAACAAGACAGCGUGUGCGUGCCUCUGUGUGUGCUAAAGUGUGUGUCUGCUCCUUUGUGUUUGCGCGCACGACGCGCAACUCACGCGCAACCCGGGCCAGGCAGACCUUCCCCAUCUCCGUUCUGCGCUUUGAAAAACGAGGGAGGAAAUCUCAGAGCAGCAGUUAUUAUUCAUCCCUCAAAGCAAACGGGGAGGAGGCGGAGGAGAAGGAGGAGGGAGGGAGGGAUGUAGGGAGGAAGAAAGAGAGAGCCAAACAGGAGGGAUGAAGGAGGGGGGCUGGCGGUGGUGGAGGGGGGGAUACAUUAACUCUUAUCUCACUGUAUUUGGCAUUCUGCAUCCCAGGAUGCGCUCUUUCUCCCUCUCUGUCUCUCUCUCUCACUCCGGCUUUCUCUUUCCUCUGUACACUCCCUUCCUUCCGCUCCUCGCCUCUACGCCUCUCGGAAUAUCUCGCUCUCGGCGCUCGGGGAUGUGUGUUUGUGCCUCGGCGUGUGUAGGCUGGUGUGUGGUUUGUACUGUAUACCCUGAUAUCUUUAGUGGCGCAUUUUGUUUACUGGAACAAGUGAGCUCCUCAGAUGCUGAAAGGCGGUGUGUAAGGCUCCAACUCUCAUCUUUUUAUUUGUCUGCGAGCCCUUUUUCUAUUUAUCUAACUCUUCACUUUCAAUUUACUGUAAGAAAGUGGCAGCACUGGCCUGUUUACUAAAAUAAGUUUGGAACUGGAUAUAGCUCGCAGGUAUGUGAUGUUUUUUGGAGGCGAAACGCGACCAUUUUUUGUGUUGCUUUGAUCUGGGAUUUUUGCAGGAUGUGAUUCCAAAGCUCCAGGUUUCCAUGACUUGGCUCAAAGUCAGAACCAUCUGAAUCUUAACAAACAAGAGCUUUAAAACUUACCUGCUCCAAUCAUGAGUUUUAAUGAUCUCAUUAUUUCCACAUACUGUCUGUUGCAGACGUAUCCAAAAAAACCCUGAUCAAUCUGAGGUAUCUCACAUCUCGUAUUCGGUUUCCUGCACUUUGAAAACCCUAUGCGAUAGCCUGGCCACGUGUGGCUGUGUGGCCUAGAUAUUAUUAGUGUGGACAUAUGAGCGCGUCUACUUGUGCUUUUGCGUCUCUCCGGCAGUGAUCAGUGUGUAACUGGAGACUGGAGAGCCCCGUGGCUAUUCGUCUCCCGUUGAGCAGCAGCGACACUCCGCUAUUCAUCCCCAUUUAGCGAGACAGAGCGCUGGCCUGCAGGGCUGUGUGAAGUGCAAACACACACAGGGCAGGCGCCCGUGCCGAGACUGGACACACAUACACUCACACACACACAUACACACAAAGUCUCUGGGUUUAAUAUCCUAGCGCACACAUAAAUUAAUAUACGUACAUUUGCACGUAUAUAGAGUAAUAUGCAGACAUAAAAGACAUACAAAUUAUAGACAUACGCACAUGUCCACACAGAGACAUACAAAUAUUUAUGGCACAGAGGAAAACAAACUGUAUACGGACCUAUAAGUCCCUUUAGACAUACAGUACAUAUAAGCCAUAUGGACACGUAUUCUCUCAUACAGACAGGCACACAACCUACAUACAGGCACAUAUAGGCAUGUAUAUACAUUCAUGGUAUACACCAGCACACGCAAAUGCUAAAGGAGAUACUAGAUAACCUCUGUCACACACACUUGGGCAUGCGCACGCAUUCAGGCGCAUGCAAAUACAAACACACACACACACACACACAAACACACACGCAUGCUUGUAUGCACACACAUACACACUCAGCCUCCCCCUCCCUCUGCUCUUUCAGGCACGUCUUUAAAUAUUCAUCACUCUGGCUGCUCUGAGAGUGCCGUAAACGCUGCCUCACACUCCAGGGAAUCGCUAAAGCCUACUCUAUCAUCUGCUCUCCCUCCCUCCUCUCUGUCUCUCUCGCUCUUUCACACAUACACACACACGCACAGACGCACACACACUUCUUGCCACAGCCACUCACAAGGAUAAACUCACGUGCACCAACACUCGAAGGCUCAGCCAGUGGCAUCGCUGGACACACACACACACACGCGCACACACAUCGAUACAUGAAUCAGGCGCAUGGAAACACAGGCGCUGAGAUAUACAAAGAACAGAUUUCUUCUGUGUGUGUUUGAGUGUGUGUAUGUGUGUGUGUGUGUGUGUAUACUGGCUUCUCCCAGCACGGAGGGCUGAGUGGUGUUGUGUUCCGGGAAACAGGAUGUCUCUUUGUUUGGGUUUUAUUCUGUUGUUGAACGUUGGCCGCUCUGGUCCCCAGGGUCUCUGGGUGCCUCUUAGUGUGUCUGUGUCUGAGCGUGCUUAACCGCGCAUGAGCUUACAUGUUCAUGUGCAUAUUUUUUUUUUUCACUCAUGCAUACUCGUUUGUACUUUUUUUUUUUUCCCUUUCCCAGAGAUAUUUAUUGAGAUGUUCGGCAGUUGACAAGAAAUCUGCAUGUGUGCGAUUGUGUGUUUGCGUAAGAGUCCCGUUCUUCGCUGUGAGAGCUCUUUUCAUAUUGACCCCGUGAUCAAAGAAGAUCAUUGACACGUCCAUAUUAUCCACACAAUAUCCUUGCAGAUAGUUUACAAGCCUUGGAGCGCAGUGCUCAUUGAGUGGCUGAUCACAUGUUGUUUCUGAACAAUGAAACGUCUGUGCUGUGUCUGUGCUGCCCCGAAGGCUGCAACACAUGCAUAAGAGACAAAUGAACCACCAGCCGAACCAUUUGAACCAGCGAAUCUACAUGUCAGGUCAACUUUUGAUUGGUUGUCACUCACUUGAGCAGAAGAAAUCAGUUAUUUAUAACUUUCUUGCUCAAAAACUCAUCCAUGCCCCGCCAUGAUUCUCCUCUUAUCAGUCGGGUCACAUUGAUAGCGGUUUGAGCGAGUCAGCCCAGACUCUCCUUUCCCCAGUUUUCUAGCUCUUCCUGAGGGAUUCAGAGGCAUUCCCAGACCAGGUGGGAUAUGUUAUUCCUCCAGCAAGGUCUGGCUCUGCCCCCGGGGUCUCCUCCCACUUGGAAAUAUCCCCAAAGGGAGGUGUCCAAGAGGCAUCCAAAUCAGAUGCCGGGAUGACCUCAACUGGCUCUUUUCCAUGCAAAGGAGUAGCAGCUCUGCCCCCGUUCUCCCUCUGGAUGUCUGAGCGUCUCAUCCUAUCUCUUCGGCUGAGCCCAGCAACCCUUUCUGAGGGAAGGACGACUCCAUUCUCCAUUGGUCGAGCAGCCAAGGGUGGUUGUGGGAAUGUGGAUCUAAUGGUAAAUCAAAGCUUUGCCUCCAAACUUUCUUCUCACUGCAGAUGUGUGAGUCCAGUCGACGAAAUGAUAACACACUCCUGUGAUGCACCACAAGACAAGUGAUUUAUAUUUUUACAAAGCUUGAAAUGCCAGUAAUAGACUCUGAAUACGCUGUGGCCACUCGUCACCAGCCAGAGCUGUAGUCAGGCAAAUGUUAAACUGUAAGUAGGAUUGAAGUGGUGAGAAAGGUACGUUUCUUUCCUCUUCAUGCCGUUGUCUGUUUCACUGUUGCUACACCCUUCAUUACAUGCUGUGUUAACCUGGUUUGUUGUAGGUCUGUACAAUCACUUUUUGAACCCUUUUGGAUGCCUCCGUUAUUAAAGCCCUGUGGAGAACUGAAAUCAGUUGAGCAUUUACAGACUCAUUCAAUAAACUAAGAAGGUUUGGCAAUACCAGGCAAGGUUGGAGUUGCUCGAUUGGCUACUGCUAGCCUCACUUGGCAAACCAAUUUGAUAUCAUUUUUACCUCACUGCUGCCAAACUACGCUACGCUGCUACAUUCACAUUAUGUUACCCCCGCUACUCGCUCUAUACACCGUGUAUAAGCUUGAACAUUACCUUUCACGUUGAUGGAAGAGGGUCUAACAGGACGCGCUUGUUGAUGACUCAAUACAAGUUGAAAAUAACGUUGUGUGUUGUCGUGCUCACACAGCACGAGCAGGAAUCAUUAGUGGCACAUUGAUAUUAAUGAUCAUGUCAAAUUUCAGUAGCGGCGCACGUAAUUCAGCAGCAGCAAUGCGCUGUAGGGGUGGCGAAUGUAGGGAAAACACUGUAAAGUCGUUGCCCAUUGGGCGACAAAGCGAUUAUAUUGUUCACCAAGGUACAGCAGGAAUGACAACAUUUAUUCAUUCAUUUUAAUGUUUAAAAACUGGUCACAAUAAAUGAAGCAUUUGAGUCUCAAAAAUCAGCAGGAAAAGUUGUUUUGCUAAAAGACACGACUGAAACGUGUACAGAGAAAGAUGUGCGAAGACUGCUUUGUCCGUAGAAGGCGCCAAAACUGAUCCAAACUAACAGUUCCUCAUAGAAGCUUUAAACAAGCCAGUGGGUAGUUUGGUGGGUAGUUUUUUGGCAGGUUAUGAAACAGUCUGAAAUACCAAUGCAGCUUUAUUUAGACUCCGGGCCUCGGAGUGAAAAUGCUGGGGAGGUCCUCUCCUGGUCUCUGGUGGAAGUUCUCACAGUGGAAAGGCAGCUUAAGUGCUUUGGCAGGUACAAACAAGGUCAAAACGUGAUGCCCAAAAGGAUUGCUUGCUUUCUGUGAUAUUUGGUGACUGAGAUCAUUUUUUAUUCCCGUGGUUUGGAGUCAAUGUUUGUCAUAAUGCAGUAAACAUUGUUUUCUUGUCUUAGACCUUGAUUUACUUUGAGAUGCAAUCGAAUCAUCUUAUCUAUGAGUGUCCUUCCUUAAAAGCUUUCUGGUAUCUGAAGGUCACGAUAAGCAACUUACACUAAGUCCAACUUCUUCAAAAUUCAAUUGCAUAAAAACUGUAGCAGAGCAGCAACUUUGACAACGUUUCGCUUUUGAAACCAUCCGACGCCUUUCAUAUUUGGAGGCAGCAAUACCCGAAAUUGACCUCACACUGAGUUGUGGGACCAUGCUCAUUUUGGCAAAAUUACCCCUCCUGAGUCGGAGACAAUUUAAGAUUUGCCGCAGGCAGAAAUGGGGCCUUGUUUUGACACUGUGAAGCAUGUGAUUCGUCUGGAGGAAAGCGGCGAAAAAAAAAGAAGUCAGGCACUCAGCCCGUGAGAGGAGGAAGUGUGAUCAGGGUCAGGAUGACUUCUCUGUCUGGCCGCACUUCACUCUCGGAAAAAGAGUUCCCGUCCUCGGAGCUGUUUCCCCUCACAGCUUUUGAGGGUGUGCAGCACAACAAUUAGAGGCUGACAAAAAGGUGAAGGAGGGUGGAGGGUGAUGGGAAACUGAUGACUGGAAAGUGGUAUAGACUGGCAGGGUAGGAUAUUGGAGGAGAUAGGGAGAGGCAGGGAUGAGGGAUUUUGCGCAGAGUGUGGCGGGUGAGAGGGGUUCAAAGAGUGACUGACAGCAUGAUAGAUGGAAGGUCUGAAUACGUGAGCGAGGCUCCAAGACGCCGUGCGAGUGCUAAUGAUUGACUGCAUGCUAACAGGUGGUGGCAGACUUAGCCUUUAAGCUACAUACUGCGCUGUAUGUGCUGUGUGUGUGUGUAAGUGUGUGUUUGUGUGUUUAUUGUUGCUGACCGUUUUGCUCUUGAGUCAUACAGUAUACACAAUAUCAUCCCUGUUGUCCAACACCAGUCAGCCAACUGCGAGACUUGCUCGACUACGCGGCGCGCACACACACAAGCCUCUGACAAACACAUACACACACGCAGCAGCUCAGUGAGGCAUCGCCCGCAGCCACACUCUCCUUCCCACCACUGCCUCCCUCAUUCAUCUUUCAUUAGCCCGGCUCACACAGGAGAAACAGCCUGCCUCCCCCUCCCUCCCUCCUCUGCACGCCUCCACCUCGUCUCUCCAUCUCUCCCUUUUCUCUCUAUCUAACCUCGCCGUCUCCUCGCUCUUCCCCUCUCCUCUUAUCUUGGUUUCUCUCGCACCUAAUCGCUUUUGUUUGUCUCGCUCGUGUCUCACAAUCUGUCUUUUUUGGAUACCUCUCCUUCUCCUCCUCCUUCUCCUUUUCCUCCUCUUCCUCCUCUGCUUUUUAGUCUUCUCCAUUCAGCUUCGCUCCUUCAGCCCUCCUCCUCCUCCUCCUCCUCUAUCGCUCUCGGCCCUCGUUCCCCUUCACAGCCUCACUCUCACAUUCUCACCUCUUUAUCGUGCUCUCCUUUCCUCCUCCACUCUCCACUCUCCUUCUCUCCUUCCUGUUUCUCUCUGACACUCGUCUCUGCCCCCCUCUCCCUCCUCCCUCCCCCCUUUCCUGUCUCUCUCUCUCUCUCUCUCUCUCGCCUCUUUCUUCCUUUCAUUUCGCUCUCCGUCUCUCCCUCGAUGGAGGGGAAAGGCUCUUCGCCUCUAAUUGCGGCUGUUCCGUUGCCAUGGCGCGUGUUGCUCGGCGCUGCGAGGUGCUGUGUGAGUGUGUGUGUGUGUAUGUGUGUGUGGCAGGCAGAUGAUUGCUUGCUGCCAGCUCUCGUUUCCCGGACGCCGAUCGCAUUUCUUUGCGGCAGCAGGAAAAAAAAAAAUGAGACUCCAGAAAUAGCCCCCCUUCACACAGACCCACUCACUCUCUGUGCUGCGCUGUCAGAGAAGCACACACACAUAGAAACACACACGCACGGACAGACACACACUCAAACUCGCUGCAUUUCAUCCUCCUGACAUCCUCAAUGCAUAUGACCUAGGUUACACUGCAUGCGCACGCCUCUCCACGCUCAUACGGGCUCAGAUGUGUGUGUUUAUACUCGUCCACAUGUGUCCAACUUCCUCCCUCUGCGCGCAUGUGUGUGUGUUUUCUGCGUCUCUAAGGGGGUUGUGUGGGGACUCCUGAUUUAUUUCACCUUUAAUGGGAAGUGAAAUGAAUGUGAGCAGCAGCUGGUCUGGCCCUCGGAGAUACAGCAGUAGGCUAACCCAGAAAAUAGGCGACACCGCUCUGAAACGGGUCCUUACUCCAGGACACGCCGCUCUCUGCUCCACUAGCUGCACUGCUGGCUUUAUUUUAAGCUGUAUUUAGAGCCGUAGCUGAAACUGGUCCGCAGAAUGACUCACAGCAGGUAGGUUUUCAUUAGGGGCCGUCCAACCCUACUUGUGGUUUCUUUCCUGUCAUAACUUUUUUUAAAAAAGGUAUGUGGAAGUAAGUGGAGCCAGAUUACUAGCAAAUAAACCUUGCAACCCCGUGCCGCAAAAGAGGAUAAGAGAGGAUUAUAACCAGAUUUGUGGAUGAAUCUCCAUAAUCAUCUUCUGUGCUGUUCACCUGCAGCUCUCACUGGGGAUUUAAAGGAAGUGAAAAACCCAGAUCUAAAUGAUUUGCUCGCUCGGUUUGACAAAGUAAAAGUGCCUCUGUUCUGCAAUUUCAAAAUUCUGCAUUUGGACCACGUUGAAGUGGGACACAAACCAAAAAAAUGUGCGAAACUGAUGACGUCUAACGCCAUGUCAGAUUGUUUGGCCAAGAUAGGAAUUCAGGCUUUCGUAACUUUUCCUCCGAGCAUCUUAAGUGCAGUAACGAUAAACUUGUCAGCAGGUUCUUGGCAGUGUCCCCUCUCCUUGUUUUAAUGAUGCAAUCAACCAAAAGCACCCCAAAGCCUCAUUCUUAGAGCGAAAUGACUCAAAUGCUGAAGAAAUUAAACCUCAAAUACACAAGUGGUGUCUGGCGAAAAGAAAGUCGUUGUCAGGAUGGCAGCAAAGCUUUUACACGAGCUCUCCUAGAAGUAUAAGCCACCUAAGCCUUCAGCACCUAUGAAUCCACAUCCCAUCAUUGGUGCCGGUUUAUAACCUGUGCACUGAUAACAAGCCGAGCAGUCUCUGUCCUUCUUAGAGCGUAGGACACAGCGUCCAUGAUUUCCAAAAAGAAUGUCAAAUUUUCAUCCUUUGACUUAAACUCAUCUUACGUGAGUCUAAUGUCAUGAGUAGACACCUGUUUCUGAAUCAUAUUUGUACAUGGUUUCCUCUUUUUAUGGUACAGUUCUAACCAGCGUUUGUGGGCACAGUAAUGAGCUGUAUUCACAGACAGUAGUUUUUUGAAAAUGUUGUGAAUCUACGCGGUGAUUUCCACUACAGAAUGAUGCCCGUUUUUGAUGCAGUGCCACCUGGGGCCCUAAGAUCUUGCCACCACGAUUGUUUCAUUGGCAUUGUCCCAUUUCUACCAAGAUCCAAAACUUACAAAAACUAAAAUUCUCAUAGUUAGGGGAAUUCUACUUAUGUACAAUGAACACAGAUGCUGUGGUUGAUUUUGGGUCAACAAGGCAGCACAUACACGCGCUCUAGACACUGUUAAAUAUCACCUCAAAAGCUAAAAACAGUCUUCAACACGCACACUGUUUGUCCCCGCUUGAGUCAUGUUUACUGAUACUGUGUUUCACAAAUUAUUUAGGCUUAACACAUUAAUGGAAGUACUCUUUUGUGAACUGCUCUUAAAGGUUUUUGGAUAAAAGCAACAUGAAGAAGUUGGCUCCCUGCCGUGAUCAGAAAAUGCACUCGGCAAAUGUGUUAUUUUUAGAUAUUCUAAUCUUUUUGGUGCCAAAACAGGUCUGUUACCAGCAUUUCUGCGAGCUGCUGCUGCUGUCUUUUUCAGCUUUUUUUUUUUUACCUGUGGUUCUCAGGAGUAGACAACAUUGAUGUAAUAGUCGAAUAACAGCCCAUAUAUUUUUAUGUAACCUUUAUCAUUAUGAGUACAUUUAGGGAACGAUGUAUCCAAUGUAAAGCGCUAUAAAAAUCUGAUGCAUUAUUAUUAUUAUUAGGGUUCAAUAUCUCCACACCAGCUCCUUCAGAUUUGAUAAGCUGAUUUGAAUAAGUAUGAAGAGCAUUUUAAACCACCUUUGCCCUUGUUAAGUACAGACUAAGGCCUGUGGGUGUUGAGUUCUUGGAGAACAGACAGUUACUCAUAGUUUUUAAGCGAUGAAUCGUUAGUUCAGUCAUGGUGGUAGGGCAUGAAAGAUACUUCACUGAAAACCUUGCUUGGUUCUUUGCUACAGCAGUAUCGUUGUCUGUGAAGUUGACAAUGUGUCCAACAGUCAGCAAAGUCUUUAUUUGGAGGGUCUGUAUUCACUCGUUCUAGGCUGUUCUCUCAUCUAAGGUAGGCCACUCUUGUCCUUUGCAUCAGCAGAUUCACCAUUUGUAGGAGUUUUCUGAUGGCUUUCUUUUACACUGUCAUAGUUACCACUGAGCUCAGCCUCCGGUAAUUUUUUUUGGGGUCAAACUCUGUGCAUGCCUCAUGCUGACGAUCCUUUUCCUCUUUCAAAAGCGCAUUUUGUCAAGAGUUAAGCCAUUCCAUCCAUCUUGUUCAAGACCUCCGCAGCAAUUUUCAGCCUGCUGAUCCUCCCUGUUCUUAUCAACGACGAUGCCAAUGUCUGUGUCUCUUUUCCAAGUUGGCAACCAGCUUUCAGAUUUGUACCCAAUUUUUCCAACCUUCUUAAAAAAAAAUUUGUUGAACUCAACGGUGGUGCAAAUAUGUUGCUGCUGGUGACCACAAUAACAGUGCAAUAACCAUAAUGGCACUUUUGCAUGAAACUUUAAACCUUGCACUCUGGGAUAUUUUAAGAUUAUUUCCACUUACAUCUGCGCAUGGUGUCUUCUAGUCCUCUAGUGUCCAACACAAGGAAAAACAUUUCUUUACAGAUGGAUAGAAACCAUAGAAGCUACCUGUAGCUAUGGAGGACAGGCUAAUUUGGUCUGAUAACUAAUGAAUCUUGACUGUUUUUAAUACCAAACUAAUGUAUAUUAUUUGAAAGUAUAAAAUGUCUAACCAUAUUUUAGCAGAUAACCAUCAAAUAGCGUCUGUAAGCGGUGAUGAGAUAUUUCUAUUUUUUUAUCCUAUAAUCUCACUGGACCAUCAAAUGGACAACUGAAACAAAGGAAACAGCCUGUUAUCCAGUUAGGAGGCUGUUAGCCUGGAAAAGCACAAUGCCAUAUGGUUUCUCUGAAAUGCGCUGCAAAAACUUCAUUUUUUUUAAAAUGUACUCUGGGGUAGAUAAUAAACCCUGAAAGAGGGGAGGGGUUUUGCAGACACACUGGAUAUCACAGAGAUUCACAGAGGAGUAGAUGGGAUUCUGGUUGACUCACCUCUGUGCACAGAGGAGAGGCCUGAAGUUAGAGCACUCAAAAAAUGUAUUUAUUGAACAUGGCUGACUUCAACGAUUACAGAUUCUUUGAGUGGAAAAAUGUCAAAUUUAUUUAAUGGGUGUGGCUAAUAUUAGCAGAGCUAGUACCACUAGCCUUUGCACAUAAAUAUCCGUCUUCCUGUGCUGGCACGAUGUUUUCGUUUGCUGAUACUGUAAAGUACUUGCUUUAUUUUUGGUGUAGGUUUGGGCUUGAUUAAGGCCCCGCCCACAUGAAAACAAAUUCAAGAGUAACCGCUAAAGUUUUUUGUCGUAUCGGCGCUCCAUCCUCACGAACACUGCAUUUCAGAUGACUGUAAAUGAUAUUUUUUGAACACCAGUCCCAGAGUGAGUGAUCUAUACAACUACCUUUUCGUCUUCGAUCUGCGAAUGCCGAUGCGCAGCUUUCUUGAAACGAUGAUGUCACACAUAGCGUAACUCUCUUAAGGCGCCUGUGCGGGACCAGCCAAAGCACCUUUCUACGCAUUCUCUGUACGCUACCUCUGUCUUUUGAUGCAUUUCGGGGGAAACGUUACAGCGCCACUCACUGGCUCGGCAUGUGCACUACAUUGUUUUUGUCGUGUACGGUGGUUUCGUGUUUAUGCGGAUAUUUCCUGAAACUGUUUUGUCUUCAGGGAAAACUUUUUCAAAAUGAAAUGGUGAUAUAUCGUUUUUGUCUCCAUGUGGAAAAGGCCUAAAUUGCUGGUGUUACUGUCCCCCCAAGGCUUGUUUGUCCAGGGUGUUAACAUAUCCAGAACAAUAUGUCACACAGUAAGUAACUCUGUUUUUGAAGCAGAAGGUGAGGGAAACAGUGAGACAGUACUUCCAGCUCAAACUGGAAACUAUGAAAAUACACUGGAAACAUGUCAAAGCAAGGAGUGACUGUGCUGUCUCAUGUGACUGCUUGUAACCACAACACAAGAGUGGUUCAUCUCCACAAAUGGUUGGUUUUGUAUCUCUCUCCCCUGUGGGGCUCAGGCAUCUCGCGGAUGACUCCCCUGACCCCGAGGUCAACCACCGUGGCCACUUAGUCCACACGGCACACCGUACCCGGGGACACCACACACGUGGAAAACGCUGUGAGCCGUGCGUAGUUUUGAUUCUCCUGCUAAUAGAUCAAUAAAAGACAUUAGCGCCGGGCUAACCCAACCAGCAGUGCUAAUACAGGGUUAAUCCAGGGUUAAUGGCUGAGCAGCAUCAUUCUCAGGGGCAGCCGUUCGUUUGCAGCCGCUCCUCACAAUAUCAAGAAACCCCCCCCUCUAGUCAUGCCCCCGGCUCCCGGAGAGAUAGACGCGGGGAGGGGAAUUGAAAAGAAAGAAUUGAGGACCACCCCCCAUGAUGAAAAUGAGAUAUCCAGCUAGAUGAGAGCAAAGAAACGGGAGCGAUAUCAGAGAGGAGGGGAGGCAGUUUGCAUGAAACGUGCAUGGAGUGAAUAAGAAAAAGUAGAUAAGGUGGUGCUGAGAUGAAGAAGCAGGAAACUGAGAGGAGAAAAAAGGGGGAGAGAAGGAGAGAGGAAGGGAGUUGAGCGCUACACUUCUCCCUGUCCUUGUAAAGUGCUGCGUGCUGUCGAAGCGGCAGCCAAGAAUGUGUCAGCCCAGCCGUCUCACGCUGCCUAAUGGGCUCUUAAACGCUGAUAUAAAGCUCACUCGCUCUCUCGCCCUCCCCCUUUCCCUCUCCCUCUCUUUUUCUGCCUCCGCCGCUCGCUGUCAUUACCUCUCGCUCUCAUCCUGUCUCUCACUCUGUCACUCACUUGUCCUCUUCUUCUCUUUCUCCCUCUUUCUGUUACUCCGUCCAUCAACCUCUCGCCGUCUCUGUCUUCACCUUUUUUUUCCCGCUGCUGUCUUUCUGCUCCCCCUGACUUCUCCUUCAAUUACUUCAUCCUCGCCCCUGAAGCUCUCUUGCAGGUUGUCUCUUUAUUUACUACUUUUUUUUUAUGGUUGAACUCAACACUUCUGCCUGUUUCUCUCUCUCUACUUCCAACAGGCUUCAUAACGCCUUCUACCCAAAGGAUCCCUCCUUCCCUCUCACCCUGUUGCACGUCCUGUCAGCACCACUCCACGGCUUGGCCAAUGCCUUUGUCUUUGGUCUGGAUAGAGAGAUGUGGAGCCUCCUGAGUCCUACUGGCAUGCAGGUACAGCAGCUGCGCACGCAAAUACCUAAAAACAUUUCCACAAGAUUUCUAAUGCCAUCAUGUGAAUCUUUGUUUUGAAAACAGCAGCAGACAGAAUUGAUCUUUCAGUGCAUGAUGUUGAACUGUGGCUGCAAACUAAAGGUUUUUCCACAGUGAUUAAUUUGCAUUCCGUUGUUUUGUGCUUAGUCCAAGAAAACAGAUGUACUAAUCAUAUAUCACCCAAUGUUCAGCUACUGUCUGUUGCUUAUUAUGUACAAAAAAAUCUUGGGUUUACUUUUUGUUAAGCUGCAUCAGAGAGAGUUUGUGACAAGGACAUCUUUUAUCUGCUUGAGAACAGACGAGACACAACAAAGCUCUGUGUAGUUCGACCAAACGUUCUUUCAGCGAUAGGGCGUUAAGAUCUCAGAUGCGAUACAUCCUUCCUGAAGUUGAUCCGUUUCCAGCAUCAGAGUUUAGAGCAAGAAUGGCUGCUUUUGUGAGUCUGUAUUGUUGCACUACAUGGUAUAAAGAUCAGCAAGCCAAUAUGACGACAAUGAAAAUAUUAUCACGUAAUGGCAUAGCAGGUUUAGUGUUGUAACGCUGACAUGGCACUAAGUACCAAGGGGGUCACAUGGUGAUUAUAAUGAGAGAGUCACUUUUGUAAAUAUUAAGUCAUAAACCACGAGACUGGCCCAAAAAUGAAUAUUAUGUCACUCUACAACAAGACUACAAGCUUUCUUGUUCCAGCAAACCGACCAAAAAACUAACUCCCUAUCUAAUCAUCCCACUACCUCACUAUCUAUCUAUGGCCCACAUGCUUUUGUAGAAAACGAUCAGUCUCAACAGUCGAUACAGCAAAGUAUCACGAUAUUUUGUCUGUUUAUAUAUCAUAUCGUCUUGUUUACAAAGUAUUGAUUUUUCAAAUUAACUGUUAAUAUGAAGUCAAAUCUAUGAUAAUAGAAAAAAUAAAAUCAACUGUUUGUCCAGUGAGGUUGGACCUUAAAUAUAUACAUAUAUUUAAGGUUAGCAAAACGUGCUACAUGAAAAUAAAAUACAGCAUAAAUAAGACAUAAGGAAAGCCAAAUGCUACAUUAGCUGAACAGUUGACAAAAUGGUGUAAAUUGCAAUAUAUUGUAUCGCAGUACUCACUGUAUUGCAAAAUGUUAAAAAUCGCAAUAAUAUUGUAUCGUGGCCCAAGUAUCGUGAUAAUAUCGUUUCCCACCCCUGGUCAACAGUGUGCCACAUAAAAAUCAAGUGGAUCCAUUACAAGUAUUUCAAGAACCACAGUGAUGCAAAUCCAUCCAAUAGUUGUCAAGAUAUUUCAGUCCAGAUCAGUGUUUUGGUCCAACUUACUAACUUCCCUAUCCCUGACGCCACAUCCAUACUGUAGCUUUAAAGACAUUAUUGUAGCAGGAGGAUGCUGAAAACAGUGAUACACACUCCUUGUCUGACAAAAAAGGUUUUGGAAAACACAACCGGCCAUCUGUAGCCUGCAGUUUUACCUCCCCUUGAUCUUGUCAGGGUCACAUUUGACCGAAGCCUAUACCCGCAUUCUUCCUGCAAAGUCCAGGACGAAAUAUUUGAAUCAUCAUUAUUUUCCAUUUUCCUGCUCUGCACAACCUUCAAAUGUUGUAGGAUAUUUUGUCUGUGCUUGGUUCAGGGAGUUUGCCAAUGUCAGUCGUUGCAGAAGGAUAUUUACAGACAGAGCUUUCAAGGACGUAUUCAAAACCAAACUCGCACAAACAAAAUAUUUUCAGUGAUAUUUUGGGUGAUGAAGCCACUUGGGCAACCUAUGUGAAAAAAAAGCUGUUUUCCAAUUUUGUAAUGACGUAAAUCAGGCAGCGUUACUUGUAUUGACCAUCCUGAUUUGGGCUUUAUAGGGCUCUAUUAAGGUAAUAAGGUGUUAAUUAAUGAUUUAGAGGAAAAUGUGUGUAUUGGAGGAUACUGGCCCCUUGGUAGGUUUAACCACUCACUGUUUAGAGGGAGCAAAACAAAGAAGAUAAUUGGAUAUCAUCAGUGAGCCCCAGGUGAAUCAUAUCUAAAGUCAUUGCUUUUACAUUCAACUAAUGCUGGCUGUUGUUUGUUGGGGGUUUUAGAAUAGAGGUUCCAUCACAAACUAAAGACAGGGGAAAUGUUUUGACACUUGAGACUUUCAGCUAGGGCUGGGCGAUAAACCGAAAAUUUACCUAUAUCGAAAUUUACGUCAUUUUGCCCAUGUCAAUAUAUUUGGUGUCAAAAAAAUAAAUAAAAGUUGGUUUUGGAUGUGUGUAGGUAGGCUUUGGUCUCAUGUCCCUUCAAGACGCUCUCCUACGUCGGAGAUGUUACUCCACCCCAUCCAGUCCGUAACAAAGAGGGGAAGACAGGUGAGGAGAUGGAGGGCAGUUCAAAAGUUGUAGCGGCUGGAGCAGCAGCUGAAGUAGACGAAGUUAAUGUGGGAGGGGGUGAGCAGCUUGUGGAGUAGUUAUCAUCCAUUUAUUGUUAUUGAGGUGAACUGCUCAAUAUAUUGUGAUAUUGAUUUGAGGCCAUAUCGCCCAGCCCCAUUGUCAGCUAUUGGUAACAGUUCGCAAAAUUUGCAAAAUCUGACUGUAUGUGAGGUGCCAGUUUUGCCCCGUGGUUAAGUCAUGCACCUCAUUUAUACAGGCAGCACUCCUCAAGCAGGUGGCCCAGGCUGUAUUCCAACCUGCAGUCCCUUUUCGAUUCCUCACUCCCCACUUUCUCUCCCAGUUUCUGAUAUAUUCACGUUCCUACCUUCUCUAAAUAAAGGCACACAAAAACAUAAAAAAUACACCUUCUUAAAAAUCCUGACUGAAGUCUUGGGUUGCGGUCAGGCCACAACCGAGCGAUCAGAGAAAGAGAGGGUAUAAAUUUACCCGUGCUUAUCCAACUAUAGAUUUUUACUCAAACGCUUUUAGCUCUCUUCCAAGCUCGAAAUAAUCACUUCAGAAUUUGUAAUGAGACUACUUGCCUUUCCAAAUUAACCAGUGCCAUCUGUCACAGGUGUUUUCACAUCUUCUACACAGGAAACAAGUGUUGGGUAGGAUUCCAAAAUCCCCUUAUUUUCAGAAUUAAAUCACUAAACACUGACUUUUUCUUUAUCUUUUUUUUUCACAAAUUGAGCUUUUAGGGAAAUGUAAUGAGGACAAAUUACCAGAGAAAUUAUGUUUUUACAUUUAACCGCAAACCUCAUUGGCUGUAUUUCACUAAAACCCCACGAUCAAUACAGUUCUCCACAGAUUUGUCUCAAUCUGCAAACAUUGACAGAAUCUGCGGAUAUGAGACUGAGCUGGUAUUGAACCACACUCAUGAAAAAAAUUCUCCAUGGUCUUAGUCCCUGAGAACACACACAUACACACACAUACACACACACACACACACAUUGUCACCUUCUCGGUAUCACCAUGCAGGCUGAUAACGGGUCACGAGGACAAUGUGGACGAGUGGAAUGUGUGGUAUGACCUUCAACCCAAAUGUCAAUGCUGCACUGUGGUGAGUCGGGAGAGAGAGAGACACAGGGAGACGGAGGAGUGAAAUGGAAUCUCAAUGUGUUCGUAAAUCACAGAGAAAAUGUGUGUCAGAGAGACGGAGAGUGAGAGAGGGUGAGACAAGAGGGAAAAGAGAGAGAGAGAGGGAGACGAGCGGCGUGUGUGUUCGUGCUCUAUCGUGACUAACAGCCGGUUGUUAUUCAUCUUGGCAUGCGACUCCCAGCAGCUCCCACACAUCAGGUGUGAGAUUGGCGGGGGAGAGGAGGGGUAAGGGGAGGGGAGGAGGUGGUGAAGGGGGGUGGGGGGGGGGAUUUGUUGCAGCGUCGAAACAUUCCUCCCUCUACUAAACAAAUCUGUGCUUUUUCUUACCAGACGCCCCCCUCAAUACCCUGCGUCUUCAAACCCAGCUCGUUCACCGAGCCGGCGCUCUCUUUCUCUAUUUGUUUCUCUCGCUGUUUGUCUGCGUUUACUUCACGUGCAUUCAAGGGGAAUUGGCUCUAAUUUUUUCAUAGUCCAUAUAAAUGCACCGCUCAUUUGGCAUAUUUGUGCUUGAUGGUUUGUUGGUCCCUCCUCGCCAAUCUUCCUAACAUGAAGCUUGAAGAAGGAAGGUAUUUGGAAACAGCUCCAGAGGACAAAAUCCUCCAUCAGGCUUCUUGUUUUCCAAGAUCUUGAUUGGGUCACUGUGUUAUACUUGUGCACAGCAGGCAGUGUGAAUGAAGAGGACGGACAGGCACGUAGGAUUUCAAUUUCUUAGAUGGAAUAAGUUCAAUCAGGCCGGCCACCAAAACAAAACAUAAAAAUUCAUUGAGUCUAUACAAAACAUUCUUGUUGGGGAAAAACUGACCUGGGGAUUCCACAGGAUCCGGAACAGCGCCACUCAAGCAAGCAUAUAGCGCCCACCGGAUCCAUGCCAUUGGAGGAGAAGCACUCACGAUAUUACCAUUAUUUCUCGUGAGACUGGACGGGAUCUCACGAGUUCUCGCGCGUUUCCUGGUGAGACAUUGAAUGAGAUCCCCCGAUCAGUGUAUAUAAACGGCGGUGUAUAUAAACACCCACAUCCCACAACCCUGGCCUCUCCUCUUAACAAGUGAAGAACAGUUCAACGUAUUGACUUUAUUUUACUUUGAAAAUUAACCAGAUAUUUCACUCUGUAGCCGCAUACAACUUCCCCUGCUGCUCACGCUGCACUGAAUUGUUGAUGCACCAUGCUGCGGCGUCCGGCAAAAAUAGAAGCCUUGCGUAUCUGAUCCAGCCGCGGAGCUGCACGGCGGACGGAUAGUGUGGAAUCACACACAUUGAUUACAAUGCUUGUGUAUUUGAUCUGCCUGCUGUUGCGGAUCGGAAUGCAGCCGAUCCGGAUCUUGUGGGUUUUUGCCUUGGUUCAAUACUGAUCAUAACAUGGAAAGACUGGCUCUCCCCACAGCUUUGUGUUCAGUAGUAACAAAUUUGGACCAUCCUUUCACCUUGAAGUUACCUGACCGGAUCUUGAAUCAGUCAGUAUGUUUACAUGCUGUUAAAAAAAUUGAUAUAUUGCCUUAGUCCGACUAAAACUAUCCUUUGAAAUCAUGUGAACAUUUUAGUCUAUAUUGAACUCCUCAUCAUCAGACUUAAAUUACUGGAUAAUGCAGUUGGGGUUGAUUAUCUCUCCCAUGUAUAUGUCUUAAUCGGGCUAAAACUGGCCAAAGAUUUCUGCUCAUGCUCCAGUGUUCGCGUGCUGGAUGAUGAAUUGCAAAGAAGCUCUGUAGUCAAUAAAACCUCAACAGGUGAGGAAUGUAAAAAAAAGAUCAAACUAUCCUAUCGUGCAAACAAACAGAACAAAGCCUUCAGAGUGACCAUCUUUUAUCAGUCUAUUAGCCUCUUACGAUUGCGUUUUCUUCGAUUGCUGUGAUACAUAAUAGAUCAAGACCCGAUCAUAAUUAGCUGAAGGGGGCAUGACGCCACCAACCGUAGGGAUGGCGGACAUGCUUCUGUCAAUAGUUUGAUUCUCGCCCGGUGUUUGUCCCAGUUAACAAGCAAAGGUGGAAUCAAUCCCUCCUUGCCUUAAGUCAAAUGGGACUUGAUUAGAUGAGAACAGUGCUGUCAUAAGUGGAAAAGUGCAUUCUUAUGACACACACGCACACGGAUCCACAAAAAGGACUUAAAACGCAAGGGUAUGGUUGUCCGUUCAGAAGCUGGUGGUCCAACAAUGUAAUGAAAAACCACUGAAGAGAAGCUUUAUGGGUAGAUUAUGAACAUACAGUAGAUAUCCGUGCUUAAACAUUUACUUUUGAAUAAGCAGAAGUACACCUUCCUUUAAUACUAAUACAAAUUUUUCAGGAUUUUUGACAAUUCUGUACAGGAGAUCGUGGGCUUCACAACACGCACACACGCUUUCCAUAGCAAUCUGCUCUCUCUGAGCUAAACUGGUGCAAUAAAAACAUGGAACUUUGAAUUGGUGACAUCUCCCAAUAACUCAAGCAAUUGGAAGCAUUUUGGGUUUAAUAACAUCAAAGCUGAUUUGAUAAGAAGAGAGUUAAGUAUCAUGUGAAGUCGCUGUAUAGUGCCAUUCAGAGACUUGUGCAAGUGAAUUAGAAAACAAGAAUCAGGCCAGCCAACACACUGCAGCUCUGUAAGUUGUUCUAAUCUCAUCCCAAGGUUUCCCAUGUGCUUGUGGGAGAGAGUCGAGAUGAAAAUACAGCAUGAGGCGAAAAGAACAGAUGCAUGCUGGUGUCAUAAAACCAGUAAGAAGUUAAGCACUGUAAUUUAGCCCACUGAUUUCCCUGCUUGUCAACACGGUCAGCAACAUUAGCAGCUCAUGUAGCUAAUUAAGAUAGUCUGGCUAGACUUUUCGGAGUCAUAACUCAGUCAGAUCUGGACACUCGGACAAGUGAUCCACAUAUAUAUUUAGAUACAGUGAAACUUAGACUUUCACUGGAUACAAGGUUUUGAUGUCCGUCAAGCAAAUUGCUCAUAAAUCGGCUUUGAGAUUGUAGAGGAAAGAGGCUUCUCAUCAUUUCAGAACAUCCUCUAGAGUCUUUUACACUGGCGAAUUUAUUCAGCAAUCUUUUUUUUACUUUUGUAAUAAACACUGAUCACCCCCCCACUUACUGUGGAUGAGGAAGGUGGUAGUGGGUUUCAGCUGUCUCCAUUUUUGGGGGAGGAAGAGUCUUAAGUAUCAGUUUCAUGAAAGACCUGGUCAAAUCUAUGUACUCUAAAUAAUAUGUCUUUUUCAAAGCCCUGCCCCGGCAGCCUCAUUCCAGAUGGUGAAAGUUUCUCUAAUUGGCUGGUGGAAGGGCAACAAGUUAGAGUUUUAUAGAUUUGGGGGAUUAAAAUGGGGAUAUGAUUUUGGUAAUUAGCAGCAGUUAGAAAAAAUAGCCACAUUGAUUAGCAGCAAUUAGUAUGUAAGAAGCAGGGUGCAAUUUUCACUACCUCCCAGCCCUCUGGGGACAAUAGAGGAUUUUUGUAUUGACUCUUCAGACGCAAUUUGACCUAAACAGGGACAUUUACAGAAUGGUCACCUAAUGCGGAAAAAAAUACACCCUCAAGUACCAUCGAGAAAUUAGCUAAUUCUGACCCCUAUGUUCAGCUACAAAAUAAGGGAAGUUAUACAGAACCAACUCAAACUUCUUUAAUGUGUGCACUCUUAGAAAAGAUUAAGAUCUUUUGUAGCCACAGCCAUCAGAUUUUACAAUCCCUCUGUGAAUAGUAGAUGACUUUUGAGAUAUGACAAAUAAGACUACGGACAAUUGAAUUUCCCUGUGGAGAUAAAUCAAGUUCUUCUUAUUCUUAUCCUUAGAUUUUCAAGAAAUUUUCAGGCACUCGAUGGUGGAUAUAGACCUUGUCAACCUCAGAUGUUUUAAUUAUUCCUCUUCUGGGUUUGAACUGGUCACAUGAUACAAAUGUUAAUGCCCGUGCCCAAUCUCACUGUGAAAUUCUCUCACAUGAGUUCACCCUGACCUUAUGUGGAAGUUUUACCAGUGCAAGAAAAAUCUGGGCAAAUUUGGGAUGAAAUCUUUGGCUGAUUCAGUUUCUGAUGUUUUUAACAGAUUCACAACUAGGAAUUGGAAACAGUGGCACAAACAGCCUGGAUUUUCACCCUGAUUUUGCACAGACAUUUUUCAAAGAGGAUGGCAGGAAAAAAUCUGGGCAAAGUCAGGGCAGAAAUUUUUGCCGUUUGCCUUCACACAUACACUUCCUGACCUAAAAAAUACAUAAAUAAAUGUGUGACACAAGAUAGGAGCAUUUCUGUAUUAAAAAUAAACCAUUGCAGGUGAAAGACAUGAAACAGUUUUUUUUAAAUAGUAGUAGCUAACUUUCUAAAAUGAGAAAAAGCAUCCUACUCCUACACACAUUCCUCUACUUCUUCUGAUUGAUCUGCCAGUGACCUCUUUGUAGCCCUGUUAGCUUAAUUGUCAGUUAGUUUUCAUCCUGCACAGUCGACUACAAACACAAGUGAACAGCUUUGGAUGAGGUGCACUGACGUGAGAGCUCCUUUUCUACUCAUUUAACUGCGAAAACAAAUCUUAAUGCCAAAAAUCAAAGUCAAGCCAAUGUUUUCAAGUCCUUUUUGUUUCUGUGCUGAGAGGAUUCCCAAAGUUCAGCCGGAGCUAAAUACGGGCUUCAGCUGUUCAGUAUGCCUCCUCUGCAUUCUGCAAGAGUGUGAAGAUUUUAUAAUAAUCAGUUUACUUCAGCGAACAUAAACCUGAUUUCUUAUUGGCUGCAUAUCUAGAUUUUUGAUUUCUGUGUGCAUGUUAAUGUUCUGCUAACACUCUGCCUUGUAUACCCUUCAUUUUCAGCCCUGUUUUCUCUUCUAUCCCAUCUGCAACUCUUCUUCUUCUCCCUCUCUCUCUCUUUCUCUCUCUCUCUCUCUGUCUCCCCUCUGCUAAUCUCUAUCUGUGCCUCUCUAUGUGUCUCUUUCCCUGCCUCUUCUGUUCCCCGAACCUUGUUACAGCAUCUCCGGAAUUUAUCUCUCUUACAUGAUUUCUGCCGCCCCUCUUUUGUGUUGUAUCUCCCUCCCACCUGUGUUUUCUUUCUCUGUCUUUCUCUCUCCUUCUCUCUCUCACUCAAUCACUCUCUCCCCCCUCUUCCUCUCUUUCCUUCCCUCGAUAUUGAUCUGCAUUCUAGCCGUACAGCUGAACCGCCUGUGGCUCUGCAAUGAGUUCACCUCUCGCUUCUUCUUCUCCUGCGUGUAUGCGAGUGUGCGUGCAGUGGGGAGAAAAAAUGCUCCAGAUCCUCAUGUUGCUGAAAUCGUAGACUAUACGUCAGCGCUAAGCCAACGGAUUUGAAGAUGCUAUUUCUGUGCCAGAACCAUGUGCGUCCGUUUAAGGGGUUCUCAGUUUGUUUUCUGUGAAAAUCUUUUUUUUAUAUCUUCCUAUUUCAGCCAGUUAACGUCAAAACUUAGUGUAACGGCUUUCAUUAUGAGCACCUCGAUACUCUGCUGACUCUCAGCUGGUUAAACAUUAAUGAUUCUGCCCCUUCUUGCUCCCUCUGAUCACCUGCUCUGUUUUUUAAAACUGCUUCGAUUCAAGGCUUUGAUUUGCAAGUUUUUUUUCUGUUUGAUAAUCCAUCCUUUGGACCACAAUUCUUUCUGUUAUCACAGAGUGUGCCAGGGUACAUUCCUUUUUCAGCUUAUGCUGCAUUCAGUUACCUCGGAAGUCAGAUGUCGGAGCUGAGAAUGAUGUUACACCCGAGUUGACGGCGUUCCGGUAAACAAGUCGGAAAACCAAGAUGGACGCCUACUGUUACCUGUUGUUAGCUGUCGUUAACCAUUGUCUGUUGUUGUUGUUAGCAGUUGUCAGUUGUUGUUGGCGGAUGUUAAUUGUUAGCGAUACUUGCUGUAAACAACGCAUAACACAGUAUUUUACUCUUACAAACACCAUAGCACCGUGUUCACAGUUUGACGUUGGGCGGUACAAUUUAUACCACUUACCUAAUCUCACAAAAACAAAAGAGAAGUGCUAAUACAUUACGAGAGCUUUUACUGUUACUCUUUACUGUUGAUGCACUGUGCUGCCAUCUUGAAUUAUGACGUUUUCGUCAAGUCAAAGUUGGUGGGGAUCGUCCGACUUUCCGAGUCAGAAAUCCGACUUUAGGGGGUUUUCCAGAUGAAUUUCCAACUCGGAGCUCGGAAAUCCCAACUUCUGAGUGCAACUGGAACGCAGCAUUAAUCCUACGCUGUAUAAUUAGCAUGAGACAGUAUCACUGACUAUGUAAUAUUAAAUCAUUAAGUCCACUUACUCAUCAGUUAAGCUGUACAGUUACAUCCUACAAGGCCAAAGUUUCAUGCAUACUGAUGUCUGGGUAUUUCAUCCAACCAAAAGUAAAACCUGAAAACAUGCAGCGGGGUUUGGUCAUGUAACAAAAGAAUGCCUCUGCAUGCAGGGCUGUAUGUAGGUGCUGGAAGCAGGAGGUAAUAACUAGUUGAGUGACAAGCUGGCUGUCAAAGAGACUUUCAGCGUGUCCAUAAAACAGGCCAUCUCAGAACCUGUCAGCAAACGUCUAAUGACUGUAUACCCUCCAGGAGUGACAGCCAACAUUUCAGGGCUUCAGGUGUAGCCAGCAUCUGGUAGUAAAGGAUUUCUGGCCAUGGCUGCCUUGUUUGCGUGCUUCCUCUGUUUACAGUCGGACAAGCUACUUGAGAUGCAAGAGCAGAGAUGACGUCUCAGGACAGAUCUUCACUUGCACUUGCAUUUGCAUGCAGAUCUCUGUUUGUAGACAAUAAUUAAAGCCAAAUUGCAGUGGAAUGACCACCAGUGGGAGUCGGGGUUAUAUUAUGAUCCACCUCUUUGGCUUUCCACACAAACUGCUUUAACUAUACAUAGCCAGAGCUCGCUGAAACAGUCGUGGAUAAUAUUAUUUGUGCUGCUAAUGAAAACCAAAAGGCCAUUCAUGGUCGUGAGUCCACAGAAUCUAUGAUUUUUAGAGUUAUCGUCUACAGAAAGAGAGGAAAUGUAGAGAGCAGAGAGUGGGGCAUGAUAUGUAGCAAAAGGUCUUUAUUCUCUAAAGACUGGGCACGUGCUUUAACCCCAAGGUUCUCAGUUUUUAUGGAAGAUAAAAAAAUAAAAAUUAGCUACUGAUACCGAUGAUUAACUUUUUAAGCUAUUAUUUGCUGAUACCAAUAAUAUACCAAUAAUAUUGCGCACCCCUAGUUAACGUUCAGUUACACAACAAGCAUUUUAGGGUUUAGCUUCAUGUGUAAAACUACUUUGUUAAAUAUCGCUGAUUUCCCACCUUCCCUUCGUCCCCUUUUGAGGACAAGCAACAAGUGUUGCUUGCAAUAGUGAAAGGUUUUCUGUUUAACAAGCAUGCUGAAUCUCUUUGACCAACUAGUUGCACUGAGGGUUUUAUGAUGUGUACCAGUUCCCUUGGAAGUCAGAUGUUGGAGCUGGAAAUGACGUUACACCCAAGUUGACAGCGUUCCAGUAAACAAGUCAGAAGACCAAGCUAGACGCCUACUGUUAGCCAUUGUUAGCUAUUGCUAACAAUUGUCAGCUGUCGUUAGCUGUUGUCAGCUGUUGUUAGUUGUAACACAUAACACAGUGUUUUACUCUUACAAACAGCAUAGCAACAUGUUUACAGUUGGACAUUGGGCAUUAGAACAUAAACCACUUAUUUAAUGUCACAAAAACAAAAGAGAAGUGCUGAUAAAUAAUACAUUUCGAGAGCUUUCACCGUUACUCUUUACUGUUGAUGAACUGCGCUGCCAUCUUGGAUUAUGACGUUGUCGUCGAGUUGGGGUUGGUGAGGAUCAUCCGACUUUUGGAGUCGGAAAUCUGACUUCGGGGGGCGUUCCAAAUGAAUUUCCAACUUUCCGGAGCUUGGAAAUUCCGACUUUAAAGUUCAAGUGGAACAGCAUUAGUUUUAACACCACUUGCUUGGAACCGUAGCAAAGAUGUUACCUAAAGAGUGCCAGGUAGAAGAUAAUCAUGUUGAAAAUUUAAUUUCAGUUAAGCCCCUUUUAGAGGAGCCUCCUUAUACAGUAGAAAUGAGUCAAUUGGAAGAGAAAGAUUAAACAGUGCCUCUUGAUUGGUCAGUCAUGACUUGAAGUUUAAGUGAAAGUUGCAAGGCACAGAAAUGGUCAGACAAACUCUGCUAUUUGCAUAUUGGAUGAUCUGACAGACACUACUGAUGUGUACAGACUGAGAGUAACACUCUGGAGUGAUUCACACAACCUGGAGGCUUUCAAGCUUGUUUAGCACCGAGCAUGUGAAUUACAGCUGAUUUUUUCCCCCCGCCAUACUGCCGCUUGACGUAGUCGUAGAGAUCAAGCGACAUAUUUCCACACAUCGGCGAUUGUUCUUGUUUAAGUCCAAGGAGUUCCUUAAAGCUGAAUCAAAUCAAGUGUAUUUGAGCGUGUCAAUCAGCUCGUCCUCUUCUUUGUUUGAAGUGUGGGACUUUAUGUAAGUCGAAUGAAGUGGAAAAUGAAAACAACUGUGCUUCUGUGUCUCGAGGGAAUCGGAACAAACAGAAGCGAUUGGUUGCAUUCAGCUUGUUGUUCUUGUUUUGUCAGAGGACGUUAGCAUAAAGUCAAACUUUUCUCAAGCUCUCUCCGUUUGUGGGGCUGCUAUUUGUUCAGCAUUAAAUCAUAGUGGGCGUUACCAGGAUGAUAUCUGAAAGGUUGAGUUCACAUUGGGCCUCCAGUGUUUCGGUCAUAGAGUAAAACAAGCUGCCGGUGUUUCUACAUUUACCAACUCAGGAGACAGUUUUCAAGAGUGUGAAACACCAGCUUAGUGUGGGUGGAUCCCCCCAGAACGGAAAGAAAAAGAUGUAUUUUCAAACAAAGCCGGCUUAGUGUAAAAAUACUCUUUACACCAGCACAAAGACAGUGCGAUAAUCUUGGCCUCUGUGUGUCUGUUUUCUAGCUGGCUCUGCAGUCGCGGCUGUGUGACAGGACCCGGAUCGGAGAGUACCACCCCGGGGCGGUGCGCUACACGCAGGCUGACCUGGUCGACCUCAGCGAUGACGACGACGAUGACACCAACGUGCUCUUCUACUCCCCCGACAUGACCCUGAAAGACAGAGGACCCUGAGAGAGAGAAAGGGCAGAAAAGAGAGAGAGGGAGAAAGAGGAGAGAGAGGGAGAGAGAGAGAGAGAAAGGAGCACGGAGGAGGGUCAGAGCUGCAAAGAGAGACGCAGCGGAUUAGAAACUGAGAAGGAGGAAGAAGAGAGGUAGGGAGGGAAGAGGAGGGAAGAUUGGGGGGACAGUCAGGCAGAUAGAAGCCGGAGAUGAGCUGUCAGGUUCCAUUAUUAAUCCCCAUCCUUUACUAUUUAAUAUCCUAAAGACACACACACACACACACACUCCUAUACUGAGCAGAGUAGUGCUCCCUGCUAUACUACCAUCACAGAGGAGCGGCUCUAAAGAUGCUCCUAAUGUUAAAAGGCGUCCGCAGCAUUCAUAAGGUCUUAAAACAAUUUCCCUCUCUGCAUCGCCCUCUUGACUCUUGGAUUCGGCUGCGCUUUGGCGCACUACAAAAAAAAAAGGAGAAGAAAAAGUCUUAAAAGAGCGAAGUCUUAACAAGGUGUUAGUUCAGCACUCGCUGCAAUUACCUACUUCUGCAGGGGGACGAGGUAGAAAGCAGGGUGUAAAAAGUGCCCUGUGUGUUAGACAUGAGAACAUGUGUACUGAGAUUGGUCUGUGUACUGAGGAGUUUUCCUGGUGAUAUAAAGAGGGAGGUAGGGUUCGAUUUGGCUACAUAAGGGGGCCUGAAACAGACAAGACUUGGAUGGGCAAAUAAGUCCCAAAGCAUGAGUGUUUCUUGCAGUGAGUCUCUCCUUCCUCAGGCAGUAUUUAUUUUCUCUUUAUUCUCUUUACAUAUGGUAUUGUUAAAAAAAAUGUUUGCACACCUUUGAAAGGUUGUUUUUGUAUUUUUUUAAAGAAAUAUUACAUCUGUUUGUUAUACUGUAUUUAUAACAGAUCAAUGUACCCUAUAUAUUUAAGUGAACUCUCUAUUUUUGUACGUGCCUUGGACUAGAAUACGAGGAAAAUGCUUCUCUUGGUCCGAAACCUUCUGCUCUGUUGUGACAGUAGAGCAGAGCCUGAUUCAAGACAUUCAGCCUUAUGAACAACUACAAGAACAUGUGAAAUUAGUCAAGUAAAUCCCCCCUCACACACAAACACACACACGCGGGGGCAAACACACAUUAUUUCUCUUGUCAAAGCAGGUUGGAAAAAGAUGACACACACAUACACGGUUCCCACGACAUCGCAACAGCCCUCAGUGCUCAUCAUCUCUCUGCCCUCGUCUUUGGCACUGAGGGGACGAAGCUGAGGUGUGAUUGGCAGAAUAAAACACUCACAUUAAACUCAACCUCAGUCCUUUCGGUUUUGCACAUAUCAGAGCGGUUUUCAUCGCUGUUGGCACACACCGCUGCCUGUCAGCUGCCUCUUUGACGGGGGUGAACUAAUGAACCCACACUUGACCCCUUCUCACCCCUCAGGUGUUGAACUUUUCAGCUGAGGUGUCAGCAACACCCGAGUGCAACUUGAGUUUGCGGAUCACGAGAGCCCCCCACCACUGGAUAACACACAUCCAAACACGCACACACACUUGCUCCGUGCCCCUUCCCCUCUUGUGGCACUGCUGCUGCUGCUUUUACUUGACUGUGCACUCCAUCAAAUAAAUGAGCAGGAAAGACAUUUCAUAACAAA